AUUUCAUUUAACUUGGUUACUUAGCAGAGCAGUAUUUGAUAUGAGGAUGCAGCAAUUUGCUUCAUUAAUCCAGGAAUAUACUCUGAACCAAAAUAUCUUUAUCAGAGGGAAAUGCCACUAGGACCGAUUAAAACUAAAAUUCCCAAUAGUCACAUCUCUAGAAGCAAUGGCAAGAGGUGGUUGAGAAAUUAUGUUGCAGAAGGGCAGGAUCUGAUGGACAUUUCCAGCAGGUAAGACUAACAGAAAAAAGUGAAAGACGGUAAUUCUGUUCUUAGAAGGUUAAUAGAAUGACUCUUGAAUUUAAGGAACAGUGGAACAAUGGUCGGUGAGGGUCAAAAUCAUUAUCUUAUUGGAAAUCUGUGAGGGGAGUUUAGAUUGGUUCUAGAGAAAAGUAGGUGGGGAUUUAUGUAAGUGGGCAUGAAAAGGGAAGUACAAAGUGGAAAUGGCAUUAUCUGGAAUCACACCACAUGUACACGUCACCAAAUGUACUAAGAAGUAGUGCUGAAGUCAGUGGUAGUUGAAAAAUACAGGGAAAAACAUAAUCUAAUAAAGAGGCAAGGAAGUGUGCCAAGGUGGUAAGCUCUGAGGGGAUUAAAAAGUGUCUCUGGAUAACAAGUCACAUAUUAUUGGGGGACAAGUUAUCAGAGAUAGGUAGCAUGGAUGAAAAAUUGAAGCUAAGAUAUAUUGUAUCUGGGUUGUCCUGUCUCCUCACUGUUGAGGAACAUUGAGGGUAUUUUUGCCUGUUUCUAACCUCUCACUCCUAGGAGUAAUGGGAGUUUGAGCGCAAGGCUUAUUUUUGUAUAUUUGUAUAUGCUUUUGUAUUAUACAGCUAUGUUACAGUGCUUCCGUCCAGCCCAUGUGUUCCCUAUUAAGGGUUAAGUAGGUAGUGGUUUAGAAAAUACCCCUCUCUGUCUCACUAGAGAUUUUUUUGACCUGAAGCUGAAGGAAUCAAGGUGAAUUGUUAGUGUAGGACUCACCUAGGAGGUUUGCCUUGACGUGGCAGGUGAGCUUCCACUUAAUGGCCAUUGGAGUGAUACUAAAAACCUCCAGUUGUUUAAAUAUGCAUAGGGAUUUGGGAUAGUGCGCAGGUAACUUUUCUUAACUCAUUCAGGCCUUUCAUGCACCAAUAGUGAUUGCUGAUGCGGCUGGAGCAGCUGGUCUCUCGUUUCCUUAAUUAAUUGCACUAUCCAUGUGGGAUCUAUGAAAGGCCUUUAUGCUAGUGCAAUUUUUCAUUGUGAAUUGCUGCUGCUCAUUAGUGACAUGUGUUGUUAAUUCAUUAUGUUCUAUAGUAACAUUGUAAUGUAUGUUCCUUUAUGACGGACAAACAGAUAUAUCAGGUACAUAUUUAUUUAUUAUUUAUUCACUGUUAUGUUUUAAUUAUGGUGCUUCUUUGUCCAUUCACUGGUAUAAUAUAUUAAUAAGGAUUAUUUUGUUAAGUUAUAUGUCACUAAGGCCUCCAUUGCUUUCCAGCUGAUAAUGUUUAUUGUCAGUUUAUCGACUCCAAAUAAUCCUUUUAUUGGUUUGAAUUGAUAAGAUAAAAUGUUUAUCAGGAGCCAAUUAAAUAAUGGUUUGAUUAACAUCGAUUUGUAAAUAAUAUUUAUUAUUAUUAUUAUUUAUAUAGCGCCAGCAAAUUCUGUAGCGCUGUACAAUGAGUGGACUAACAGACUCGUAAUUGUAACCAGACAAAUGGACGCACAGGAAGAGAGGGGUUGAGGGCCCUGCACUUACAAGCUAGAGGGAGUGGAGUAUAGUGACACAAAGGGUAUAAGUAGGGGUAAUGAUAUAGGUUGCUAGAAAAGUAUUCACUGAGAACUUGGGAGUAGGGGUAAUGAUAUAGGUUGCUAGAACAGUAUUCACUGAGAACUUGGGUUAUUUUUGACAGUUCCAGGAGAGGAGUCAUAGGGGAGAGUGGGUGAAUGAAAACCUGCUAACAAUUUAAAUUAUAUGCUUUCCUGAAGAAGUGGAGAUUGGGUGAAAGUCUAACGGAGACGGGACGGAAUUCCACAGAAAAGGUGCAGCCCUGGAGAAGUCUUGGAGGCGAGCAUCAGAUGUGGUAGUACGGACAGAGGAUAGACAUAGGAAGCCAAUGUAGGGACUGAAAGAGGGGGAGGCGUGGGAGGUGCGGGCGGACAGGAAAAUGAGCCUCACCGCCGCAUUCGUGCACCCUGGGAACACGUAAGACCACCGAGAAGGGGAUUGCAGUAAUCAAGGUGAGAAAGAACAACGGCAUGGACCAGCACCUUAGCUGCGUCUGGUGUUAAAGGACCACUAUAGUGCCAGGAAAACAAACUCGUUUUCCUGGCUCUAUAGGGUCUUUGGGUCCCCCCCACCCUCUGGGUCCCACUCCCGCCGGGCUGAAGGGGGAGGAAGGGGUUAAACGCUUACCUUUCUCCAACGUCUGGCUCCCUCGGCACUGGGGAAAUCUCCCUCUUCCGACGUCAUCCGCUUCCGACGGCAAGAGCCGCGUGCACAUUCAAUCAGUCCUAUGGACGCUGGCAUCUUCUCACUGGGAAAAUCACAGUGAGAAGCGCGGAAGCGCCUCUAGUGGCUGUCAGUGAGACAGCCACUAGAGGCUGGAUUAACCCUAAUGUAAACAUAGCAGUUUCUCUGAAACUGCUAUGUUUGCAGCUGCAGGGUUAACCCUAGAUGGACCUGGCACCCAGACCACUUCAUUGAGCUGAAGUGGUCUGGGUGCUUAUAGUGGUCCUUUAAGUAGGGGUGGAUGUAAGCCAUGUUUUUGAGAUGGAAGUGUUAGGAUUUGGCGAUCGACUGGACAUGAGGGGUGAAGGAGAGGUCGGAGUCAAAGAGAACACCUAGGCAGUGAGCCUGCGAGGUAGAGGUGAUGAUGGCGCCGUUGACUUGGAGGGAGACAGACAUGGGAGUUGCAAACUCUAAGGGAGGAAAGACCAGAAGUUCUGUUUUUGACAGGUUGAGUUUGAGGAAGUGAGCAGCCAUCCAGUUGGGAAUCGCGGAGAGGCAGUCUUGACAUGAGUCAAGAUGGGAGGAGAGAGAUCAGGAAAGGACGGGUAGUUUUGUGUGUCAUCUGCAUAUGAUAAUGGAAGCCAAGGAGCUUAUGAGUUUACCAAGGGAAGCAGUGUAGACUGAGAACAAUUGGGGACCAAGGACAGAACCUUGGGGAACGCCAACAGAGAGGGGUUGGGGAAAAGAGGCAGAACCAGAGAAAGAAACACUGAAAAAGCGCUGGGAGUGGUAGGAGGAGCACCAGGAGAGAGUAGUAUCUUGUAGACUGAGAUUACAGAGAAUGAGAAGAAGCUGUUGAUGAUCAACAGUUUCAAAGACAGCAGAAAGAUCAAGGAGAAUUAGGAUAGAGUAAUGGCCGUGAGAUUUAGCAGCAUUUAAAUUGUUGAAUACUUUGGUCACAGCUGUUUCAACAGAGUGACGAGUGCGGCAUCCCGAUUGAAGCGGGUCAAGCAGAGAGUUGGAUUUGAGGAAGUCUGUCAAUCUCGCAUACACAACUCUCUCAAGGAUCUCGGAGGCAAACGACAGUAGCGAUAUAGGGCAGUAGUUGGAUGGGGAGUUGUGGUCGAGGUUAGGCUUUUUCAGAAUCGGCGUUAUAGUUGCAUGCUUGAAGGGUAAAGGAAAUGUGCCAGAGGAAAGUGAGAGAUUGAAAAUUUCAGUGAGAGGAAGAGCAAAAGAGGGAGACAGAAUGCGGAUAAGAUAUGAGGGAAUAGGAUCAAGGGAACAGGUGGUGGGGCGGAAGGACUGGAGCCGAGUAGAAACCUCUUCCGUUGUAGUAGGUGCGAAUAAGCAUAGAACAGUGGAGUAAGUGGGGUUGGGUGAUGUAUUGGAAGGGGAGGGAGAGUGGUUACAGAUCUCUUCCCUGAUUGUAGAAAUCUUCUCAGUGAAGUGCGUUGCAAAGUUUGAGGCGCACAGGGUGGUAGGGGGAGGGGGAGCAACAGGGCGAAGAAGAGCAUUAAAAGUGUGAAAUAGGGGUUGUGGUUUAGCGCUCGAGCUGCACGGUCGCAUGUCGGAGUAGCUCCCGCUGCUCAAGCUACACGGGGCACUAAAUAAUCGGACUACCGAGCAUUAUUAACUGCAAGAGACACCGCAGGUACUCACCAUGUCCCAGAGGCUGAAAACCAAGCCCAUAAAGGCAGACAAAGCGUCCUUCUUUCUGGCAAAAGCCGCACCGCAAAAAACGAGGAAGAUGCCGAACAAGAUGGCGGCCCGUCAUGAUCGUGGGAGGGCUUGCCCGCUUCCCAGCCUCCCCUGGAACAAAUGCUGUUGACCAGCCCCUCACAGUAGCUACUAUGAGGAGCAUGAUGGCUGAACUCACAAACUCAGUCCAGAGGAGCCUUGAGGCUCAAAUGCUUACAUUGACGGCUGAUCUCAGAAAAGGACAUAGGGAACCGCACUGCGCAUCUAGAGUCCAAGAUGGCCGACUUCUCCACGGCCCAUAACAGCGUGGCUGACAAAAUGAAAGAACUGGAAGACGUUAUCACAGCUCAAAAACUCAAACUGGCAGAUUUGGAAGACAGGUCCAGGAGGAACAACCUCCGAUUUAGGGGAAUACCGGAGUCAGUAACAAAUACUGAUUUGGAAACUUACUUACAAGAUAUGUUCCAGCAGAUGACCCCCGAACUACAUCCGGACCAACUACUGCUAGACAGGGCGCACCGACUCAGGAGACCUAGACACCUACCUAACACGGCAGCGAGGGACAUCAUAGCAAGAGUACACUUCUUUCACGCCAAAGAAAGAAUAAUCAAGGCAAGCAGGAACGGGGGGAUGCCUGAGAAAUUUAGCAACAUAAAAAUCUUCUCUGACCUCUCGGCAGAAACCCUACAAUACCGCAAAUCUGUGGCACAAAUCACGCUGUCGCUGCGCACUCAGAGACUGAGCUACAGAUGGGGAUAUCUGGCUAAGUUGCUAAUAUACCCUAAGUUGCUAAUAUACCCCCUAUACUACUAUACUAUACAAAUAAGACUCCCUCCACUCCAUCACGUCAGCACCACAAGGCAUAAAGCUGCUCAGAGAUUGGGGUAUCCCGCUGGCUGAGGUACCAAAAACGGGCCUAGCGAAAGUUCCCCGCCUGGCUCAGGAUUGGGCAUCCCGAUAAAGAGACUCCAUACCUAAGCUGUAUACGUAAGACGCAUAACCAAGUUACCAGUUAUUUUGUUGUACAUAUUAUUAUGUAAUUUUGUGUUUUUCCUAUCUAACUGUCUCACACGAGACGCACGUAGGGGAGACUACCGGGGCCCCCCAACCUCCUCCCACACCGACUCAACAAGUACUCAACGAGACAUACUCUCGGUUAGAUCAUGACACUGCCCAAUUACCAAAGGUUGGGGAGUCGGGACACCGGAGACCCACAGGUACACACACAAAAAAAAAACGGGCCACGAAACAAAGGUUAAUUGCACAUGCACCCAUGGUGCCCCAGUGUGUGCUUGUAAAGGGGACAUCCUCCUCAACGGAAAGUCCCAACACCACCAUCCCCCUAGACUGCAAGCGACCCCCGGGUGCCGCAAAAAGGCUAGACCCAGAGGAGCCUCAUAGGGCUAUGCCCUCUUUUACCCCCCACUCUCCUACAUACAGUAAACAAUACAAAGACAGAAGCCAAAGGUUGACCUUACCCCGUCCCCCUCCUGCCUCCUCCUGCCUUCCAACAGACAUUCACACUGAACUGUCAAACAAGGCCACAUACCAGAACAUUAUGUAUGAGAAAGAGUUCGAAAACCUACAUACACGGGUACAAUCACUAGCAUUACCUGACGUAACCACACCAGAAUGAGAAUAGUGUCUUAUAAUGUUAAGGGGCUACAUUCCCCUGGAAAACGUAGACUGCUUUUGCAUGACCUUAAGAAAAACUCAGUUGAUAUAGCAUGCCUUCAAGAAACGCACUUUAGACACCCCACUGCUCCAUCACUCUUUACAAAACUAUACCCUAUACAGUAUCAUGCCCUGUCGGAAGCAAAUGAUAGGGGUUUCCAUCUUAGUGCAUAAAGACGUCGCCUUUACUCUGCAAAGCUGUUACAUAGACCCUAAAGGGAGAUACAUCAUAGUGGUAGGGCUCUUCGACAAUACACAAUACACCAUAGGAGCAGCGUACUUCCCGAAUGACAACCAAGCCUCUUUCCUCAAAUCUCUGUCCAAACUGGAUGCAUACAAACAAGGGAGGCUCAUACUGGGAGGAGACUUUAACUUCAUCCAGUCCCCGACCCUUGACACUACCGCCUCCCCACAGGGUAAACGCAAAAAAGGAACUCAAGCCCUCUGCAAAACUAUCACCAACACCUUGGCCUUGUAUAACCUAUACGAUAGCUGGAGAAUGCUACACCCCACUGACCGGGAUUACACUUUCUAAUCCAGGGUCCACAACACAUACACACAUAUAGAUACAUUCUUCAUAGAUAACAAGACCCUACCACAAUUGACAGCCUGUAAAAUAGGGGAUAUAACGUGGUCUGAUCAUAGUCCAAUCUAUCUUGACUUGGAAGAUACAUACCAACCCCGAGGCAGAGGCACAUGGAAACUAAACAAGUCUCUCCUCCUAGACAGACCAUUUGUAGAGCGUAUGAGGCUAGAACUCAGUGAAUAUUUCCUCGGUAACACAACAAACGAGGUCUCGGACUAUACAGUGUGGUCCGGGCAAAUCCCCGGGCGCAGAUGGACUCUCAAACACCUAUUACAAGACAUUCACAGACAUACUUACCCCACACCUGCUAAAAGUAUACCCCACAGCGACAGAAACAGGAUCCCUCCCCCCUGAAAUGCUAGUGGCCACGAUAUUAACGCUCCCGAAACCAGACAAGCCUACAGACAAUUGUAAAAAUUUCCAACCUAUCUCCCUUCUCAAUACAGAUGCGAAGAUAUACGCUAAGAUACUGGCCAACAGACUGGCACAUAUCCUUCCAACUAUCAUAGGAGACGACCAAACAGGCUUCAUUAAGAGUAGGCAGGGCAGAGACAAUACUAGAAAGCUCUCCUUGGUGCUGGAAAAGCUGAGGGGAUCGGGACAGGCUGGGCUUUUACCAGCCCUAGACGCCGAAAAGGCGUUUGACCGUCUGAAUUGGUCAUUUCUUGAACACACACUUCUAAAAUAUGACAUCCCCGCCGAAUUUAUCAAGCAGAUCUUCGCCCUAUACGCAGGUCCCACCGCCCAGGUACUACAAGCCGGCUUCCUCUCAGACCCGUUCCCUCUAACGAAUGGUACGAGGCAGGGAUGCCCUUUAUCGCUGCUAUUUUAUGUCCUGGGCCUAGAACCACUACUGGUCCAAAUUAGGAAUCGGGCAGGUAUCCGGGGAAUAGAGCUACAUGGAAGGGAAAUUAAAAUUAGCGCAUUUGCGGAUGACAUCCUCCUCUGUGUCACCGAACCAGAACAGUCGAUCCCACUUAUUCUAGACCUCAUAAGGGAAUACGGGACGAUGUCAUACUACUCCCUUAAUGCCAGCAAGACACAUGCGCUGGGAGUGCGGCUCAGCCAACGAACAUUAACUGCCCUCAAGAAGGAACAUCUUUUUGAGUGGAGAACAGAUACAAUAAAAUACCUAGGACUGACCUUCACAAAAAACCCUACAGAGACUUUUUCUGCUAACUAUGUUAGGGUGUGGGGAGACUGUCGUCAACUAAUGAAGAAAUGGGGCACCUUGUUUCUGACCUGGACCGAGAGAGUAGCAACCAUCAAAAUGUCCAUAUUCCCUAGGCUUCAAUACUUGUUUCGCAACCUACCGAUCCAGGUACCCAUGUCCUACCUCCGAGAAACACAAAAGGAUAUUAACAGAUUUGUGUGGGGGGGCCAAAGGGCCCGGGUACAGGGAACACUGCUACGAGCACCGGUGAGACAGAGUGGCCUCGCCUUACCGGACAUUAAGACAUACUACCAAGCAGCGAUAUUAGCAGCAAUCCUUCCCCACUUCACAAACACGGCUUUACUGCAAUGGGUGCAGAUGGAAAAACUAGCUAUUAAGCCCUUUGACGUACCCACCAUACUGUGGCUUCCAAAAAGGUUUAGGCCAGAGGUGCCACAGAUGCCAACACAGUUGAAAAUAGCAGUCAACGCUUGGGAUAAGCUUCAACAUAAACUAACAACCCAUACCCCACUAUAACCGGCCACCCCACUCAACACUAUCACAUAUUGUAUCCCAACCUUUAAUGCCAAGCCAUGGAUAACUAACAGGGUCACACACCUGCACCAAAUGCUCACACAUAACAAACUAAAAACUUUUCCAGCCCUACAAGAAGAAUACCACAUACCGGUGGCCUCUCAAUUCUCCCACAUGCAAAUAAGCUUGUUUAUACAUAAACACACUGAAAAAACUUCCACCCCAGACAAAAGCUCUUUCGUUAUGACAAAAUGGGAACAGACGACCACCAAGGGUUCAUGGGCACCAGCGUUUAAGCCACUAUCUUGGUGUUAUCAGCUUCUCCGACCCACACAACACUUUGCAGACUCUAACCCAGCCAAACACUGGGCACAAGACCUACAAUGUCACAUAAGUAAAGACCACUGGGAACGUGCUAUAGUAGCAACCAAAAAACUAAUCAAGUCAGAAACCCUACUGGAACAAUAUAAGAAGACUCUAUAUAGGUGGUACAUGGUACCCACUCGCUUGCACAAGCUAUACCCAGGCUCGUCUCCAGUGUGCUGGAGAUGUGGAAAGGGGGAGGGAACAGUACUUCGCAUCUGGUGGCAAUGCGAACAAGUAGCCAGCUUCUGGCGAGACAUUGGCCGCCUGAUCCGAGACACUACACACACCAAGCUCCCCUUCAUGCCCCUAGCGAACCUUCUACUACACAUGCCAGACAACACACCUAAAGAGGUACAGAAACUAGCCUUCCACAUCCUUUUCACAGCCCAGAGGACAAUAGCUAGAUUAUGGAAAAUGCCAAGACCACCACAAGUGGCAGAGGUUUGUAAAGACAUUGAUACACAACAUCUAUAUGAAUCCCGCUAUCGAGGGGUUUUCACCUUGACGGACACGGCCACGGAAGCAUGGAGGCUAUGGGAUGCGAGAAAAGCGGUAGACCCCUGGCAACCAAGCCACUAGACAUGAUAAGCUCCUACGGUCAAUCACUAGGUAAAGGUAGACAGACGAGAGACAAUGCAACACGAUAGAGACAGAACCGAAAGAAUAGGCAAAAUUAAGAGUCGUAGAAAAAGUGUAUGUAGGUAUAAGACACAAUUAAAAGAUCUCAAUAAAUGUGAUUGUAAACUUUGAUAUAAAAGUUUGGUAUGGACCCCUUCCUCCCCUCCCUGCUUUCAUUCUGUAACCUCCCCCCUCCCCAUCAGUUUCAUGUUUUAUGUCUAUGACAUUUAUGUUUAUGACAUCUGAAUGACGAAAAUCAAUAAAAGAUUUUAAAUGGAAAAAAAAAGUGUGAAAUAGGCAUUUGGGUUGGCAGGACAGUGUGCUUAUGAGGGUGUUGAAGUAAUUUACUUUGGCAGAGGAAAGAGCCAGAGUGUAGGAGUGCAGCAUAAAUUUAAAGUGGAUGAAGUCCAGUGCAGAGUGAGACUUUCUCCAACAGCGUUCAGCAGUUCUGGAACAUUUUUUUUAAAGAUAUCAGGUCAGCCUGGUGUUCCAGGGUUGUAAUUGCUGCGUCACAAGAAAAAGGGUAGCUGCGCACACAAUGGUAUAUUGUAGAUACAAUAAAUGGUAUCUAAAAGGUAUAAGCAUAAAAGACCAUCAUAGCGUAAUAUGAAAUUCUAUAAUGAUACAAAAAGGAGUUAACAUGGAAAACUCACAAUUUUUAGAGCCAUAUCAGUCGGCUCUAAACUUAAGCAGCAUGUAAUAAUCUCCACUUUUAACGUGGUAAACAGUGCAGGUCCCAGAGAUAAGAUCGUAUUCUUCUGGAUAAAGUGCAGGAACCAGAGUAUGGAGUAUAAAAUAACAAUUUAUUGAACGUGUUAAACAGUGCAGGUCCCCCAGAGAUAAGAUUGUAAUUAUUGCGUUUAAAUGUAGGAGGUGCCAUGAUGUCAAGUUGAGAGAAGAGUGAGGUUGCAGAGUUAGGGCAAAUGAGAUUUGAGAUGGGUAAAAGGAGAGUUUGGAGUUUUGGUGGAGAAAUGCUGGAGAUCAAGGCAGUGGAGGUUUCUGCGAGAUUGGAGAGUUGAGGGUGGUGAAAUUUAGGUAUGGGGUAUGCAGAUGGUGGUCAGAUAGAUGAAAUGAAACAUUGGAGAGAUUAGAGGUGGAACAGAGAUUGGUGACAAUGAGGUCAAGUGUGUUUCCUGCUGUAUGAGUUGCUGAAGUAGACCACUGUGUGAGGCUGAAGGAGGAGGUUACAGAGAGCAGACAAGAGCAUCAGUUGAGGUUGUUGAUUGGGAUGUUAAAGUCCCCAAGUAUGAGGGAAGAAGUGCUAGAGGAGAGAAAGUCAGGUAGCCAGGAAGAUAAGUGUUCAAUGAAUAGCCUAGGAUGACGGGGGGGGGGAGGGGGAGGGGGCAAUAGAUGAGGGCAAUUCUUAAAGGAGUGGGCCUAAAUAUGCAGACAGUGUGAACUUCAUAGGAAGUGAAGGAUAGGGUAGGGGAGGCAGGGAGGACAGGUUGAAAGGUACAUUGCAGGGAGAGAAGGAUGCCUAAACCGCCUCCUUUACAGUUGAGUCUGGGAGUGUGGGAGAAUUGUAGUCCACCGAAACAUAAAGAAGCAGGAAUAGCGGUAUCAGAGGGGGACAGUCAGGUCUCAGUGAGUGCUAGUAGUGUGAGGGAAUUAGAGAUUAAGAGGUGUCAGGACUUAUAUUACGAAUCCUCUCAGACUCAGUUCUGACACUUCCAGGUAUGCGGAACAGGCCCUGCCCCCUUUUCUGACGCGGCUUUCUCAAGCCCUUGUAGAGAAACCGCGGCAGUUUUAAAAUUGCUUAGUGAAUGAGUUAGGUUACUUUCGCAUUCAUACCGCCGGCUAAGCUCCUCUCGUUAAUUUGUGUACCAAACUCCUGGAUUGAAAUAACGGAUUCCCUGUCUUCUCCUCUCCUCUGAUCACGGACUGUAUUUUGAUUAUUCUGCUCUCUCCAACCCUAAAGAACCGGACUGUUAGAAGUUUAUGCUCCUUCCUGACUACAACUACCCUGCCUUUGGAGGACUACUCACAUAAAAAAAAAACUAACUAUACACUUUAUCAUAAUUCUGGAAAUUGCAUAAUUAAUGAACUUUCACCUGCUUGCUAACAUACUCCUGCUUCAACUUGGUUGCCACUAUCUCUGCUACAGUUGCUUUUGCUUUUGCUUUCAACCUAUCCACAAAUCCAUAAAGCUACAGUAAAUUGUGCUUACUUAACCCCUUAAGGACACAUGACAUGUGUGACAUGUCAUGAUUCCUUUUUAUUCCAGAAGUUUGGUCCUUAAGGGGUUAAAGGACUUUUUCCUAUCGCUAAUAAUACUCUGGUUAAACACAACAUCUCUUCUACCUGUGACAUAACAAGAGGUCAUGUAUGGCUGUUGAUUUAAUAUUGCUAGAGAUGAAAUAGGCGUUCCAGAGUACACACUGAAUGUUGGUAGAGUAGGAUAACCUUCAGAGUACUUGGAUGAGGUUUGCAUGGUUUCUAGUUGUUUUAGUGUGAGCAGAUGAGGUGAAGGACCCUGGGUUGGGAGAGACGUCACCAGCUGCUAGAUGUAGGAGGAGAGAUAGUGACAGGAGGUGUGAAUAGGUUUUAUAUGUGCGAGGUCUAGGAUGAGAUUGGGUGGGAGCAGGAGAGCAAGAAUAGAGAAAUGAGUGCAGAGCAUGAGAUGAGAGAAGGGGGGAGUGUAGCAGAGAUGGAAUAAUGUGGAUGUGAUUGUGUUUUUGAGGGAAGUGGGCAUAAGGAGAUAUUUUGAUGCUGAGGAAGAAGAGAGAAAAGGAAUGGAUAUGAAAAUGGAUAUCAUAUUUGGCAUUAAAAAUAACAGUUUUAGCAAUUCAAUGUCACAUAAUUCCAGAUAAAACGUCUUGAACAUUUUGACAGCAAUAAGCUGUCAAUAAAUUUGAAAAUACAUGUUUUACUAAUUGUCACUGGCAGCCCUAACAGAGUUGGGGACUAUUACAUUAAGAAUGCAUGGUUUUCACAAUCUAAGUGGACCACCUGCCCCACAGUUGGGCCUAUUAAUCAAAUACUAAACAGAGGAAAUUAGUGUCCCUUACAGUUCCCACUGCAUUUUAGGCCACCCGUCAGACAGACAAAACUCACUUAUCUCGAGACUUGAGAUAAGUGCAAAUCUUAGGAUAAGUGAGGAGUGUUUUAAUUGGUUGGCUUACAAGGGAAUCAAUAAGAGUGCUCUAACUGAAAUUACAUAGCUUGGGAAAACACUUAUAAUUAUUUGUCGCACUGUGUAAUCUCCAAUAAACCCGCUUACAUAAUUUUUUUUAGUGGUUAUUUUGUUUUUAUUUAUUUUUUUAUUUUAAAGGUUGUUUAAGUUUAAGAUGGGACUUAUUCAAUUUUUGGGGCCUUUUUGCAGCUGAAUUAAAAAAAAACAUAUAAUGGUAAUAUAUAUAUAUAUAUAUAUUUGUGCUCGGAAUUUAAAUACGUGAUGGAUAGUAACUGUGAGCAAAGUUGGUUGUGGUGUGCCGAAACCAACGUACGAGUGGGCCUGUAAAUAAAAGAGGGCCCACCAAGGAUAAUGUAGUUAAAACAGGGUGUAGGUGGGUGGGGACAAUCAGCUGAGCGGCAGCGGUGAGUAGGGGCUGGGAGCUUAAGUAGGGGACUUACUCCUCCCACAAAUUCAGGCCUAAUGGCCUUUCUACUUGUGCUCGGAAUUUAAAUACGUGAUGGAUAGUAACUGUGAGCAAAGUUGGUUGUGGUGUGCCGAAACCAACGUACGAGUGGGCCUGUAAAUAAAAGAGGGCAAAAAGAUAAAUUCGAGAAAAUACACACUUUAUUGCAUUUUACAAGACCAAGUUUCUGAAAGCUUGGCGAAGCUCUUUCUCUGGUUGCGGAAUAUAUGCGUUAUAUAUGGAGGAUUUCCAUCGCCCGAGCCUUUUGAUGAUGUGGACCGGUGCGUUUGUGCUUGAGGCUGCUGAGGCGGCUCCUAUGCGGAAGGAGUGCCCGGAGAAUGCAGCCGGAUUGUGUCCGAGCUUAGAUAACAGGGUUCUGACAUGUGACAUCAAUUUUGCCGUGGUAAGCGGGUGCCCUUGUAAUGUUAAGAGCGGAGAGUCUGGCAGGUGAGUGCGAAAAGUAGACCGUAGUUGGUCGAGAACUUUCACCGGACACCAGGCAUUAUCAGUAGGGAAGAGAGGAAUUAUUGUAGGAUGUAUUGACCGGUUGGUUUUAGUGGUAGGGAUAGAGAGGAGGUAGUGAUCCUCUACCUUGGUGAGGUGUGAAGUUUUAAGGCAUUGUGCGAUAUCUCCUUGACAAAUCACUGUGAACUCUCUAGGUCUGAGAAAACCGUAGAAAGCGAGAUAUAUGGCAGAUUUUAUCACCGUAUUGGUGUAGCUAUCAAAUGGGGCUGUGUCAAGGAGAUUGCUAAGAGACCUGAAGAUAGGCCCGUCUAUGGGUAAUCUAGUGCUUGCGAGUGGUGGUGAAACCUUAGAUAUGCCUUUCAAGACCUUUUUUAUGGGGUAUGAAGACAAAAAGGGGGUGCUGUUAGGAAAAUUGGUGAGGCUGUGGUGCUGAACCCCGGUGAGGUAAAGUUUAAUGGUGUUGUGUGACAGAUUAAGGUGUAGGUGGCAGAAAGAGGCAAAAGACACCAUGGUUUGGAUAGAAAAGUCACCUUGUAGCCCGAAUUCUGCAGUGAAUUUAUUAAAUAUGUUAAGUGCCCUAUUGUAAGUGAUAGCAGUGUUGGGUGAUAAUGCUUGGUGAGUGAGUGAUCUAGCGUGAAGCAAGAGUGUGCUUAAUCCAAUAUUAGUUCGUGAAACCGUGGUGUCCUGGAUGGCUGAUGGUGAGCUGCUGGGAGUGCCUGAGAAAAUGCCUGGAAUCGAGAACGAGAAAGAGCGUCAGCGGCGGUGUUGUGAAUACCCGGGAUAUGAGAACAUACUAAGUGAAACUGAUUGGAUGCUGCCAGCCAGGUCAACUUGCGAAUCAGCCGCAUGAUGGUUAGGGAUGAUGAGCGCCCUUUGUUAAUAAUAUCGCAAGCUGCCGAGUUAUCUGAGUAGCAUUUUACUGCCUUGCCGGACCAGAGAUGACCCCAGGUGUGUGCGGCCGCCACAAUGGGGUAAAUUUCAAAUAGGGUUGAGGUUUCCCUGAAUCCUGGCAAGGCAUCCGUCUCAGUGGGCCAGUGGCCCCUAAACCAGUGGUUCCCGAAAAUGGCUGCGAAACCGGUGUUGGCUGCUGCGUCUGUGUGGAUGAUGGGUGAAGAGGUGGAGAGAGGGGGGAUAAACAUGGAGAUACCAUUCCAGUCUUUCAAAAACUUCCCCCACAUAGCUAAGUCAGCCUUGGCGUGGGGGUCCAAAGAAACUGUGCCGGAGUCCGGGACUCCAUGGAGCAGGCAAAGAAGUCUGGAAAUAAAAGACCUUCCCUGCGGAAUGAUGCGCAUGGCGAAGUUCAGAGAUCCAAGAAGGGACUGAAGUUCUCUCCUGGUGCAAACGUCAUUCCGCAGGAACGUGUCUAUCUCCCCUCUCAAUCGUGAAAGUUUGUCGUGUGGAAGGCUAGCUCUGAGUUUGACAGAAUCGAGCUCUAUGCCUAAAAAGGUCAACUUUGUGGUGGGUCCUAUAGUUUUGGCUGGGGACAAAGGGACUCCAAGUGUGGAAAAAAGUGCGGUAGUACUAUUGAUUGCUGUGGGUGUUGAUGACCCUGGCUCUAUCAGUAGAAAGUCAUCUAGAUAGUGAAUAACGGAGUGACACCUGAUGACAUUCAGAAGCAGCCAGCAUAGUGACUCAGCGAAAAUGUCGAAAAGUUUGGGGCUGCUUCGGGAACCAAAAGUGAGUCGUGUUGAGAAGUAAUAAUACCCUCGCCAUUUAACACCGUGUAAGUGCCAGAGUGAGGGGUGUAUGGGCAGUAAUUUAAAGGCGUUAGUGAUGUCUGUUUUGCUGAGCCAGGGUCGAUUACCAGAUGUCAUGAUAGACUGUAUAGCGUCGUCGAUGGUGACGUACUGCAGAGAGAAUUCGUCUGCUGGAAUGAGUGCGUUUAUGCUUGGAACAAAAGAGGAGUGCGGUGCCGAUAAAUCGAUAAUGAGACGUUUUUUAUUAGAAUAUUUGUGAAUAGCAAUACCAAUAGGGUUAGUGCGCCAGGAGGAAAACGGUGAAGAGGUGAAAGGACCGAUCAUGAAACCGUUUGUGGUUUCUGCGGAAAUGAGAGUGUCUACAGCGACUGGGUCUAAACGUGCAGACUGGAGAUUAGGACAUUCUAGUGUACCUGGGGGAAUGGCUAUUAUGCCUGUGUGAAACCCUUGUGAAAAACCUGUGGUGAGAAAAUCCACUAAGUGCCUGCUGGGGUGACACCUUAGAUAAAAAACCAGGUUGUCGAUAUUAAUGUCGGUUAGUCAUUUGUUUGGUGACAACCUGGCUGGACACAUGGUCUUGGUAUGUGCCCUGAAACAUAUGGAGCAGAUGUGCAAUAGUCUACAGGCGCUGAAACUGCAGGAGCCUGCGUUGAAAUUAUUGCACACCUGUGCUUUACCUAAAAAGGAGAUGGGCCUACCCAGCUUAUCCCGGAGACCACCCGCUGGCUUGUGAGGGGUGAAAGAGGAGUGAGGUGUGAACGUGGGGUGAGGGGUGAGAGUGGAGGUGGUGGGAUCUGGUUCGACGGGACAUAAGUCCGCCAUGUGGGAUGUGGAAUUACAGAUGGCACAAGCCGGGGGCCUGAGUCCGGCGAAGUGGCGACAGAAAAGUUCAGUGUCCAUCUGACCCCAGUUCAUUCUAAUGUUGAACUGCUUGAGAUGGGUCGCCGCCUUCGCUGAGACUGACUUGUGGUAGUCAUAGAAGGAAGAGCCCCCGUACUUGAUGCCUAGAUCCACUACCUUGUGGAGAUAGAGAUCUAGCUCUUCUCUCCUAUGGGGAUACACCGUGCAAAUGACGUCGCGGUAUAUCCCGAAAGCUAUCACAAACUGUGGGAUAGACAAUUUUUUAUUAAGCCUGGGAUCCCUCGUUUUAAGCACAACAGAGAUGUCACCAUAAUUGUAUGCCUUGUUCUCGAGUACAUCCUGAGAGGCUAUGAGUAAAGACACCAGACACACAUCCUUCCCGUCAAGGAUAUCUUUCCUGAUAGAAUCUGGGACGGAGUGUGCUGGUGACUCGAAAGGUGUGAUGGCUGUGCCAGGUGCUGGAGGGGGGAGUAUAGAGGGACAUGAAGGUAUGGCAGGUACAGCCGUGGUAGAGACUGGGACUACGGUGUUAGUACCUGAGGAGGAGAUGGCGCUCUCCACCUUAGACAGCCUGCUAUUGAGGGCCUGUAGAUUGGCCAAGAUAUCUGCCAGGGUAUCCUGGGUGGCCGUGCUGGUACUUGGUGGUUGUCCUUGAGAGCUAGUUCCCGGCCGAGGCUCGGGGACUUGGUGGGUAAGCAGCCUGUAAAGUUCUGCCUUUCUAGCUGUGGCCGGAAAGGGGAUUCCCCUGAGCCUAAGCUCGGCUGUGAUUUUGGGAAUAGUCCAUGCUCUCAAGGACGUGGGGGUUGAAAGAGUGAGUGAUUCGCCUGGAGACACGGGUCUGAUUGGCGUGAAUGGUGCUUCUUCUGUCAGUUCUUCGGUUGGAAUUGGUUCUUGGGACAUUCUAAAAGGAAUGAUUAUGUGAAAGAUAUAUUAGAAGGGGAGUGAGGUAAGAAGGGGGGGUAUGGGGAGUGGUGUGUCUUGAAGAACUGGACUUUAAUGCUAGAUGCCGAGGCGAAAAACUUAACUAUUGAAUGACUGGAUAGGUGAGGCCCUGCUAAUGCCAAGUGGCGAUGAGAGGCUCUACCUAUGAUUUGGCUUAUGACGUAGGUGCCACAGACGUGGUGGCGGGAUGUUGGCCUCUCGGUGACGAUAAGAGAAAUCAAAACGUGUGGCCGUGACAGGUGAGGCCCUAACUAGAGCCCUAUAGUAAGGCAUGCGAGGCUUAUAACUAUGAUUUGGGCGUGGGGCCGUACCUCCGUGUUGAGGUGGGGUGGGGGUGGUAGGCCUCGCGGGAUCAGAUUUCCUGAUAAGGUGGGCUAAGGCAUUAGCCUGUGCCGUAUAGCCAGUUCGAUAGUAUGCUAAAGGGUAAAGUUAGAGGACUGGAAUGGUGUGUGGAUACUAACCUUGACUGGUCGCAAAUGGUAUCUGGAGCCUCCUGGUAAGUGUAGAGAGUCUUGUCUUAAUGCUGUCUUUGAGGAAGAAUCCUGGGGGUUUAAGACAGAUGUUGAUGUGUUUAUACGUAUCGUGAUGUCGUAUGAAUAGUAUAGGGAGAAGGUUUGUUAGGGGCACGACGUGAGAUCCUGCAUUGAGGGAUCUGGGAGGUUUAGGUGUAGGAAUGGGAUGAUUUUGGAUAUGAUUGAGAAGGCAGAAUGAGGCCUUGGGGUAGCGAAUGGACGUACUUGAGUAAGGAUGUAAGUACCUGAAGGUAUGGCUGUGUACCGUGUCAGGAUUUGGUGUUUUCUUGAGCCUGGUGGCCGUAUGACCGAAAGUCUGUGUAGACAGGUAGUAAAGAGAUAACGUAUCCUGGGCGUAAGCCUGAGGGAAGGUAGUAAUGGAGUUGAGACCGCGUGAGGUCUAGUAUUGAAAAGAGAGUGAACUAUACCUUUGAUUAAAGUACAGAGAUUGUUUUAAUCGUGGCAGGUUAACUGCGUGGAAACGGUGGAAUCUUAGAUUAAUACAGGAUCUAAGGGUUUAACCGAGAGAAAUUCCAUAGUUAGCAAUAGAUGUGAAGAUAAUUGAUAAAACCUGAUAACUCAAGGUGAUAAUAAACCAUACCUGUUCCUGUAAUAAAAGGACCUUGGAAUAACAACUUUAAUGCAGAAAAGCAAGAGACCGAUGCAAUCUGUAAAAGCCGAAAAAUGUGACAGCGUGAUUUAUGUGCAAGGAAUAGUACGGAUUAUGUGUAAAGGGUAUAACUUGUAAAUAGUGUUUAAAAAGACUUAUCUGAGUGUUAUUAGGAAAGAUUGGUAUAGCUUGAAUUUAGACAUGUAUGAAGUUAUGAGCCGUGAUGAACAUUAUGUAUAUUACAGAAAAAUACUUUUAAAUGGUUUAACAAGGUAGGAAAACACAGGGCUGGUAGUUAACCAUAUAAUGUAACCGCAAACUGAUAUGAAGGAAUAAAUAAUAGUAGGACUGUGAUUAGAACUUAUGCAAUCUUAGCUUAAAAGAAUAGAAAUAACCGAAUGUAAAUUAGUAAGAUGGUGUUCGUGAAUUUAACCAUACGAGUAGGUUGGUGCUGAAAUAACCGAACGGAAAAGUGAAUGCAGAUAAUAAUGAGCUUAAACAUGAAUAUUUAUUCGGUUGUUUCCGUACGAAAAUGCAUUAAAUGAUAGCGAAAUGAGCCGAACGUUCGUGCGUUUUUUGGCGCGAAUGGAGAUAUUAACGAACAGCGUGUAUUCGUGAAAAUGCGAAAAGGAGGGAGCCUACCCCUACGUUUUUAGGCCCGAACGGCGGGGAAAAAGCGAACGCUAAUUCCCCCGCCUUGCUUACGUGAACGCGCCGGUCUCGUGACCGGAAGUCGGGUACCUCGACCGGAGAGAAACGGAGUGGAAGGGGCCUCGGACGGACGGAGGAUUUGCACAGGGCGUCUGGCUGCUGGAAACAGGUACAGUUCUGGCGGGAAGCUGGACCGGAAGUGCUGGACAAUCAGCUGAGCGGCAGCGGUGAGUAGGGGAUGGGAGCUUAAGUAGGGGACUUACUCCUCCCACAAAUUCAGGCCUAAUGGCCUUUCUACAUAUGUAUAUAUAUAUAUAUUAUUUAUUACAUUUAUUAGAUUUAUUUAAGAGUGCAGCGCUGUAUCUAGAUGUGAGGCAAGUGAGUUUUUCCAAAAAAGUGCUUAACCCCUUAAAGGACCACUCUAGGCACCCAGACCACUUUAGUUUAAUUUAGUGGUCUGGGUGCCAGGUCCCUCUAGGAUUAACCCUUUUUUUUUUAUAAACAUAGCAGUUUCAGAGAAACUGCUAUGUUUAUAAAUGGGUUAAUCCAGCCACUAAAGCCUCUAGUGGCUGUCUCAUUGACAGCCGCUAGAGGCGCUUGCGUGCUUCUCACUGUGAAAUCACAAUGAGAAGACGCAAGCGUCCAUAGGAAAGCAUUAUGAAUGCUUUCCUAUGAGACCGGCUGAAUGACCGCGCAGCUCCUGCCGCGCAUGCGCAUUCAGCCGAAGAGGAGGAUCGGAGGCGGAGAGGAGGAGGAGAGCUCCCCGUCCGGCGCUGGAAAAAAGGUAAGUUUAACCCCUUUCCUUGCCAUCCAGCCCAGCGGGAGGGGGACCCUGAGGGUGGGGGCACCCUCAGGGCACUAUAGUGCCAGGAAAACAAGUAUGUUUUCCUGGCACUAGAGUGGUCCUUUAAGGACCAAACUUCUAGAAUAAAAGGGAAUCAUGACAUGUCAUGAUUCCCUUUUAUUCCAGAAGUUUGGUCCUUAAGGGGUUAAAGACACUUACCCUCUAUGUCACACUUUAGUAUGAUGUACAUAUAAAGGAAACAAAAAAAAUAUACAAAUAAUUGUGCAGUAUACUAAGUAGUGUCCCAAGAGGUUUUGUGAGUUACAAAUGUAUAUAAACUCACAUUUUCUUGAGCCUUUUCCAGUUAUAAGGCUCUAAACUUCCAGAUGUCUGUGUCUUUUAGAGUAGAUCACGCGACCCCUCUCUCAAAGGAAAAGUGUGUAUGUUCCUCUCCACAACGUAUGUAAAAGCCACAGAUAUUGCAAUCUAAGUGUAGUAUCUUAGAUAAUGAUUGUAUCAGUAUAAGUAAAAUUUGAAGUGCUCACCUUUUUUAGAGCCUUUUGGUAACUGGCUCUAAGUGUAUAAGCCUAGUGUCAAAUUAUGGGUUGACACUGCCCCUUCCCUGGAAUCACUUGUGCAGGAUACAGUUGAAUGAGUAAAAAUGAAAAAUGUAUUACAGAAAAAUGUAUUAUACAAAUAUUUUCUAGAAAAUAAAAACAAUAAUAACAUAUAAAAACAAUACAAUACAAUUAUAUGAGUGGUCUAAAUAUAUGUCCACUUUUAGCCAAAACGUGUUUCGCAGGUAAAAAAUGGGCUUCCUCAGUCAGCUUAAAAGAAUCCUCUGAAUCCUCAGUCUUUUAAAUCUUCAAAUGUAGCCGUUUCCAAUUAUGCCUUUAAAAGCGAAAAAUGCCUUCUUGACUCCGUAAUGGCAAUCAGAUUUCUCAUUGGAUCAUCAGCCUGUUUACAUACAUAUCAAUUAAAUCCUGUUUAUGCAAAAAAAAAAAAAGCAUGCAAGUAUUUCAAAAAAAUAUCUAUAGAUCAGUGGUUUCCAAACCAGUCCUGGAUAUAGGGAUCACACAGUUGUGUACACCAUAGAAACACCAUAGACACAAAUGGUUAAUCCAUAAAUCCUGGACAGGUAGACAUGCCUUGAGGACUGAUUUGAAAACCACUGAUCUAUAGAAUCUGAUUUGACAGUCUCUCUAGGCAGAGAAUUCCACAUCUGUAUUGUUCUUACUGUAAAGAACCCUUUCCCCUGCUGUAUACGAAAACAACUUCCUUGACCGCUUGUCUGUUGUAUUUUCCUGCUGAUAAACAGAUUAGCACACUGUAUUUAUUUGAAUAGUGCUAUCAUAUCCCCUCUGAGUUACCCUUUUUCUGAAGAAUACAAAUGCAGUUUUUUUAGCCUUUCCUCAUAGCUAAUGUUUUCUAUCACCUUACUAAUUUUGUAGCUCGCCUCUGCAUUUUUUCUAGUUCUACAAUUAUCCUUCUUUAAAAUGUGGGGUCUUACCAUUGAUUUAUAGAGGAGCAAAAUUAUACUUUGAUCUUGUGACUCAAUACCCCCUUUAAAUUUUAUACACUAAAGCAACGUACUAGCUUUUACAACGGCAGAACGGCUUUGCAUACGUUUACCAAGUUUGUGAUCUAUAAAUGUUUCCAAGUCCUUUUCAUUUAAUGCUAUUCCUAACUUUAACCCCAUUUCAUGUAUAAAAUACUUGGAUUUUUUAUUUCAAAAUGCAUGAUUUUACAUUUAUCUGAAUAUAAUAUCUUCUGCCUGCCCAGACCCCCAAUCUAUCCAAAGCCCUAUGUAGAGAAGUUAUACCAUGUUGACUUCAAGAUCAUUUAUAAACAGAUUAAAGAGAAGUGGACUCAGGACAGAACCCGGAGGCACACCACUUACUACUUUUGCCCAAUUUGAAAAUGUUCCAUUUACAACAACUCUCUGAACUCAAUCUUUAAGCCAGUGUUCUAUCCAAGAUCCCCCCCCACCUUUUCCUUAAACCAACUUAUAUUAGUUUUAAUAGUAACCUUUGGCAUGGAACUGUUUUAAAUACCUUUGCAAAAUCCAAGUAUAUCACGUCUUCUGGAUCCCUCUUAUCUAUAUUUCUACUAACUUCAUCAUAGAAUACAAUUACGUUAAUUUGGCAUAAUCGGUUAUUCUUAAAACCCUGUUUUAAUGAUAAUAAUAUCAUUAGCAGGAAUAACCUGCUAAUGAUAUUAUUCAGAAUGAAUUUUUGAAUGUUAUCCCUUAACAGCCUUUCAAAUAAUUCCCAACCACAUAUGUUGAGUUUACAGGUUUGUAAUUUCUGGGUAUAGGUGACCAAUAUGUUUAUGACAAUUAUUCUGAGUUUGACAGAAGGGUUGCAAGAUAAGAGGACCGUAUAAUCUCCAGAAAACUAUAUAUGCCAAUGUUUAUGCAAAUAAUGAAUAAUAAAUGAGAAAUAAAUAUUGUCUGCAUUUGACUUUUAGUUACUCCUGAGCAAAUAUAUCUACUGAUAAAAAUUUGUUUGGAUUUAUUCUGCUGUUUUUUUUUUUCAUUUCUAUAUAUAGAAUACAAUGCUUUCUUUUUAUUAGUUGAAAGAAGUCAGUAUUGAAGUUUUUAAGAGACAAGUGAGAACAAUUUUUUUUUAUUAUAUAAUAUAUUGAAAUGGAAUUCUCUCAACAAUUAUAGCUGACAGUGCUUUGCCCUUGCACUGUCAGAGACAUAGUAAGGAUAAUCUGGAUAAUGCAUAUACAUGUUGAAUAUUUGGUGGUUUCCAUUUAUGAUAAAUAUAACAAUCUUUAUGACAACUUAGUUAUUAGCAACUGAGUUUAAAGAUUGACAGAAUACGUUGCAACAUUUAUAGUUGAAUAUUGGUUUUGCAAAUUCUAUUGACACAGUCCUUUUGUAAAACUCCUAUCAGGAAUCUUGUCAUAAAAAAGUCCAAGUUGUAAAAGUUUAGUGUAAAUAUAAUAAUCACCUUGAUGUUCAGAACAGCCUGGAAUGAUUGCCAAGGGUCAAUGACUAUAAAAACCAUAGUUAUAAUAAAUAGAUUAUCAACAAAUGCGUCCUAAACUUUCUCUUCACUAUGAAUCGAGGAGACUGGUGUCAGCACAGGUGAGGGCUUGUCUUCAGUGUUGUUGGUAAAUAAAGUCCGGACAUCACUCACAUCUGCCGCAACUGAUACAAACCACCACAUAGAGUUUACCAUUUUGCAAAUUUAGAGGGAUUUUUCUUAUUCAAUAUAAUAUGUUAUUUGACUUGCAAAGGUUGCCAUAUAUCCUUGCAGCUUCCAUAAGUAAGACCUGGGCAGAAUGACUGAGCAUUUGCAGAAAUCUCUGCAUUUCCUGUGACUCCAAUGUCAACAAUGACAACUAAAUGGUUUCAUGAUUAAGUCAUUUGUAAAAACCUUAAUCUGACAGCCUGGUCAAACUCUCAAAAAGAUAUUGAAGUCCACUGGGAAAUAUUCCAGUGGAUCAGUCCACGCCUAGGUAACAUUGUGAUAGCAGCCUAUUUGCAAACCCGCACAGUGCCGGACUAGUAAAGUCUCUGCACAAUUCUUGCCCACUAGCUCACUCUUGCUGUACCCUACCAACAGAUAUCCCUAGUGCUUUAUAUGUCUGAACUUUGUCAUUUUCUUGACAGUUUAUAAAAGUGCUGAUUUCAAUAGAAAAUCUGACCUUUUUUUUUUAAUUCUCUUUUUUUAUUGAGACAAAAUGAUACAGCUUAUAAUUAUAAAGUGAACAUCAGAGCAACAUGUCAUACACAAUAUAGAUAAAACCAAAAAACUAUGGUGGGGAAAAAAAUGUGAUUUAAAACCCCUUCCGCCUGAAGUCUGUGUAUAGUUAAUACAAUGUUAAAGCCAGUCUUGAUUUUCCCACAGAAAUCACAAAUUUGCAGUGAUGUUACUACCCGCAAAGGAUUGCAGAUUUUUGUUUAACAUUGUAUUGACUAUACACAGACUUAAGGUGGAAGGGGUUUUCAAUCACAUUUUUUUCCCCACCAUAACUUUUUUGGUUUUUGCUUUGAAAGCACUGCCAAGCCUCAAUAGCAAGCCAGUAACCAACCGCAUGCUGAUGAUUUGCAUUAACAAUGAAAUAGCUGUCCAUGAGUGGUUCACUGGCUUUGCAUCUUUUCCUAAGUUGUGUUUCAAAGCUGUUGUAUACAGCUAAAAGGAAUCCAAGUUUAAAAUGGAAUUUGUAAACAAAAAGGUGACUCUUUGUUGAACUAAUUUGCAUAUGCCCACCCAGAAUCCUUUGCGAUAGUAACAUCACUACAGAUUUGUGAUUUCUGUGGGAAAAGCAAGUCUUAUGGCUUGACUGGUGUGCAGAUUUUUGUUUAACAUUAUAUUGACUAUCCACAAUAUAGAUAGUAAGAUUUGAUGUAUAGUGCAAGUAAUGCCUCAUUUUAUAGUUUGGGAGAAGCAUGGUAGGUUAGUCAGAGUUAAGAAGAGAGUUCAAUUGUUUGACUAUAACAUAUGCCAGCCAAUUACAGUAUAUACUCGAGUAUAAGAUGAGUUUUUCGGCACAUUUUUUGUGCUGAAAAACCCCCACUCGUCUUAUACUCGAGUCAAUGUCUGUAUUAUGGCAACUUACAUUGCCAUAAUACAGACCAGGACCACCGGGCUCAUUAAAAGCCUGGCGGUCCUGUUGGGGGCUGGCAGCGAGCUGCUACUUACCUUUCCUGCAGCUCCCUUCUCCUCCGUGCUGUUCAGCUCCACUGUAAGUCUUGCUAGAGCCGCAGCGUCAGAGCGUUGCCACGGGUUACCGUGGCAAAGCUCCGCGCUGCACGAAGACUGCGAGACUUACAUGGAGGAGAAGGGAGCUGACAGGAGCUGCAGGAAAGGCAAGUAACAGCUCGCUCCCAGCCCCCCUCCUGCACAGUACACACCAGUGGACCACCAGGGAAUAAUAUAGUCCCCCUCCCUGGCCAGUUAACAAGCAGGGAGGGGGGACAAAAAAUAAAAUAAAAAUGUAAAUAAUAAUAUAAUAAAAUAAAAAAUUUAAUAAUAUUAAAAAUAAAAUGUAAUAUUUAAAUAUUAAAAAAAUAAUAAUAAUAAUAAAAAUAAUAAUAAUAAUAAUAAAAACCCCCACCAAGGUUACACCCUCUGCAUCACAUACACACACACACACACAGCAUUCUAUACACACACACACACUGCAUUCUAUACACACACACACACUACAUUCUAUACACACACACACUGCAUUCAUCAUACACACACUACACAAACACACACACACUGCAUUCAUUAUAUACACACACUGCACAAACACACACACACUCUGCAUUCAUUAUAUACACACACUGCACAAACACACACACUCUGCAUUCAUUAUAUACAAACAUAAAUAAAUAUUCAAUUAAUAUAAUUUUUGGGGGAUCUAAUUUUAUUUAGAAAUUUACCAGUAGCUGCUGCAUUUUUCACCCUAGUCUUAUACUUCAGUCAAUAAGUUUUCCCAUUUUUUGGGGGUAAAAUUAGGGGCCUCAACUUAUAUUCGGUUCGACUUAUACUCGAGUAUAUACGGUAAGUAGAAACUACAGAGUAGACUGCCAAAACCGAGAGCCAGAUUGAGUAUCACAACAAAAGAUAUUAUUUCAUCCGGAGGACUCGCACUGAAUAGUGUAGUAGCAAAUGCCCACUAUAUUAGGUAUAAGAAGCAGACAUGCAAGCACAAACAGUAAUCAGGAAUACAGUAUGGCAAUGAAACAACAUAAGAAAAAAAAGAAGAAAAAACAGAGUAAACAUAAACACUAAAAUAAACUGCUACUUAUUUUAGGCAUGUAUGUGAGUAGCAACAUUCCCGCAGGAGACUCGGUUCAGCCAACACCCUCGAAAGGGCCGUAUUGUGGCUGCCUGUAAACAGCAGAGCCACAUCUUGUGCAUCUGUUUCAGCCACAUAAUGUAUUGAACAAAGCCAGCCAGAGACUGCAGUAUCGCUUGCGGUAAGCUAACUUCCAGGGCAGAUGCGAUGGGAGCCUUUCAAGGACCCAAACCCACUGUUGGGUCCUGCACAGCUUUUGCCGCUUUUAAGAGCUUUAUUGGCUUCCGUCGGAUGUGGGCCCGCCACAGGACCGGAGCAGAAACAUCUUGUAGGAUCUUGAUGCCUAAGCUUCUGGGUGGGUCACCGAUUUGUUCCCUUGUGGCAGGCCGCGGCAGACGUUGGGCCAAUUUUCACCAGAAAUUCGUGAACAGUGCGUCAAGUUUGGAGGGAAAUUCAUCUAGCGCCUUGGUGUAGGCAGCUGAAUACACGGCAUUCACCAUUUUAGGUGAGACUCCAGGUGUGCACAGUGGUAUUACCGCAGUUUGGAGUCCUGAGUUAGUAGUAGAAGUGGGGUCAACAAGGUGAGGACCGGGAUCACCAAAGAUUGGUGGGGCGGGAGAGAGGGGGAACAAGGCCAGUCUUACACAGCCUUGGGCAUCCAACUUAGAACCAGUAGGCAGGAUAGCAGGGCAGCGGAUGUCUACCCCACUCACUGCCUGAGCAGGCCUCAGCUUUGCAGGUAAAGGAUCUCCUCUCAAGGGGACCUAAAGACGGCCUUUAAGAUUCACACAGAACAACCACACCCUUAUACUGUAGGCCACAGCUUUCAGUCAGAAAAUAGGGAAUAAAUCAGCUUUUUGUGAGCUCAAAAUCAAAAUACAGCAAGAGCUGUCCGGCUUGGUAGUCCAACCCCGCCCCCCCAGAAAUCGGACCUUUUAUGAUUGGGUGCAAAAAAACAUCCCUCUUUGUCACACAGCUAGGGAGGAUUUCUUCCACUUUCUUUAGCUCCACCGAGCUAACAGAAGAGGCAGCAGAAGUGCUGUACUAGUGUGCAUCUGCCUUUCCCCUUUCUCAAUGAGCUGAACUAGAGCUCAAAUGGGAAGCUGUGAUCGAGUGCGCAUGCGCACAAUUGUGGCCCAGCACAGAGGCUUCUCAAUGAGAAUCCUCUGAUUGGAGGACUUUAAAAAAAAAAAAAAAGCAUUUUUUUAUUUGGGGUAUAUCUGCUAAAUUGUUAAAAGAAAUCUGUGGAAUGUUUCCUUUUGGAGUUUAGUGAAUAAACUUAGGACACAAUGGAAUUAUUUCAUGAGGGGCUGCAAAGUAGAUCUUUGCUUAGGGCGGCAGAAUUGCUUGCCCCGGCCCUGCUUAUAUGUUCAACAUUUCUUUCUCUGGUUUCUUUCCCACUAUACGUUUGGUGUACUUUGUAAGAUAUGCUGUAUGUAUGCUGUAACGGACCGUUUUGCUCACCAGAGGUUAAAAACCAUUUAGGCAAUAUUCCCCUUUCCAGAUACACCGACAGCUACUGUAAGCACCGAUCUCCCGAACUGGAAACACAUUAACACUGGAAAUAUCCGAACAGGAAAACCAUACGAAAGGGUUACACUCCUGGCAGUCAGCAUACAAUCCAAUUCCCCCAAUAACGAGACGACACUUCGUUUUGAGGGUUAAGCAGAAUCUGAAGAUUUAUUCACACAACCUCCUUUUAAGACAUUCUCCCAUACAAGGGAGGGAUCCACAACAAUUAGUACCCCAGUUACCUCCCACACAUCUCCUCCCCUUAGUGUGACACAUAAUCCCAUUAGUGCAGACACAAAUUCCCUGGGAUACUGGAUGUACCCCUAAACAUAGGGUUACCCCUUUAAAUGUUACAUCCCCUGGUAGCCCUGAUCUGGGUGAGACACAUAUCCAAAAAUCACCCAGACCGGACCAGGGGUUCGGGAAUUAUGGAGGGUUAAAGUUUUGACCGACUGCAUGGCAAAAGUAUCCGAAAAUAGUUCCAUGUAUUUUGGCCCUGCAGUCGGUCACAGAAAAGGGAAUGAAAACACACAAAUUGCCUGGGUUAUAGAGCCUGGGGAGAAUUUAAACAAAUUCCCUUGUUCGUGGUGUUCUUUCUACCGAAUGGCGUGUAAUUCGGUAGUUUCCACACGAAUUCAUGGAAGUCUGGAGGUCUCAGCGGUGUUUGCCUAGUCGAGUGUCCGAUUUUAGUUCCAGACACUCAACGGCAAAACACCGCUGUUCGGGAGUUUAAGAUUGCCGCCGCCACGUGUUCGUUUCCCGAAUGGCGGCCACCCAGAGGACAAAGAACACAUUACAUAGAUUGCCAAUCACCCGUUUGCAACAUUGUUGCAAACGGUAAUUGGAGGCACACUUAUUCCUGGGUGGUCUGGUUGUUCGGUAGUUUCACUCAAUAUAAUGAAUGGGAUGAUUCUACCGAAAAAUCAGGGGAAUGCUGCAUAUACAUAUACAAUCUAGCCGAACACACAGAAACAUACAUAAUAUAAAAGACAUCCUUACUGUAAUCUGCUACAAAGUCUUAAAGGGAUAUUGUUCCUAAAAAGUCAUAUGUCCACGGAUGGCCCUUAAAGGGCCAGUAGCAGCAAUAUAAAAUACCACAUGCCCAAAUAUUGCAUUCCAAAGUACAAAUUCACCAGGGGCCAUAGUCAGCAGGUAGGAGGCGGGUAGCCAGGCCUCUCCAAUGUCCAGUGGCGAGGCGGCUUUCGCCACAUAUGCACUGUGACUUUUUUUCUCUCAAUUCUUUUGUUUUAUUUGCAGCAGUCAUCAUACAGAGGAUAUACCAUUUACAGAAUGAUCUGCUACACAGUCUUCUUGGUUGUGUACCCAUAUAUUAAGUUAACAAAAAAUAUGUAUAUAAGUCAAGGGGGAACCAGGUUUAGGAAAAGGUGGGAAGGACAUAGGGUGGCGUGAAAGGAUAGCAUAGGAGGCGUCUACCCUGCGGGCUCCUUCAAAUGAUGACUCCGAGCCUUUUAUUUUCUACUUAAGAGAAUCUUCUCUCUUCCAAGCACUGCCAUACUUUUGUAAAUAAUUUCAUAGAAUGUCUAACCUGAGCCAUGAGUUUGUCCAUUAAGUAGUUAUCUUUGAUUUUUUUUUUUCUAUCGUCACGCUCAUUGCGACGGCUCACUCUUUUCUCCAUUGAUGGGCCAGGGGCUUGUCUGGCUGCUAGUGUUUGAUUAUUGAACAGAUUGCGGUUGAGGGAAAUAGCUUCUACCAUCCUCGAGAGCAAGAAAGACCUGGGUUCCAACACUAUAGGUCGUUAAAGCAAUCUGGAAAUGAUGUCCCGGACUUGUUUCCAGAAUUGCUUCACCCUAGGGCAAAUCCACGAUAUAUGUAGAUAUUACUCCAUUUCCUCACUACCCCUUCAGCACAGAUCAUCUACAAAUCUUCCCAUACAGAAUAACUUGACUGGUUUGAUGUACCACUGAAACAUAGUCUUUUAGACCGGGUCUUAAAGGGUAACACAGAUUUAGACCUUAGAGGCAUCUUCCCAAAGGUAUUUCCAAUCUCCACGCUCCAAUAUUUGCUGUAGUUCCCCCUCCCAUUGCUCUUUAUAGUUCAAGUUUCCCCAAGUGGAUGAGUUUUCACUAAUGUGAUUGUAUAUAGUGGAAAUGAGUUCCUUUUACUUAACUUCUUCUGUAUAGAGUUGUUCACAAAAUGUGAGGGGGAUCUCUUCUCCUGUGUGAAUUAAUCUCCUUGCUACAGAGGUGGGAAGUUGGAGAUAUCUUAAGAAGUCUCCCAGGGUUAGGUGUGCCCUAAACUGGAGUUCCGGAAAGAGGAUCACUGUUCUAUUGAAGCAUAGGUGCCUAUGUCUCUGGAUUCCUGUACCUUCCAUCCCUGAGAAAUCCCAGACCUUCAUACCUGGGGGGAAGGUCCUGUUAUGCAGAUAUGGUGUCAUACGAGAAAAAAACACUACAUUGAAAAGUCUGCAGCAGAAGAAGGUAUUUUCAUUUGAAAAAGGGGGGGGGGGAUUUUUGAGAACUCACUGACCCCUUCCACCUGCGAAGAAAAAGGAUUUCCCACACAUCCAGUCUGUAGCGUAAGUGAUCAUCCGUCAGCAUGGAAAAAACAGUGUCCUAUCAGCUUCUACCAACAGCCGAGUAGAAUUGAAGAGGCUUGCUGCAAAGAUGGUAUGGGGAUUGGGCCUAGGGAGUAAAAGAGAUAAACAGUUAUUGAGGGAAAAAGCUUACAAUUUUCAAAACACAAGCAGUGGCAUAGAAGCACAAUAGAAAUGUAAUAAUCGGUCUCUAGAAAUGUUAAAAAAAAAAAAACACAAGUCAGUAAAAUUAUUCUAAAUCAGCAAAUCAGAGUUGAUGUUAGUAGCACUGGAAUUAACUAGGCAAGAGGAACUUUCUUAUUUAAUUUUUUUACUAGCCUGAGCCUCUACACUGGCACCUAGUUGAGUAAUGGAAAGAGUGGUGAUAGUCCAUUGGUUGAGGCGAUUCAAAAGCAGAGAGAAAUGGAGUUAUCCAAGAUGGAGAAUAUGCAGCAGAAGAAGAGUGCACGCUACAUGGAAAAAAUACUAGUGAAAUUCUUACUGUCCUCUCCAUGUUCUCCUCUUGAAAUUCCUCUGGCUCAUAGUUGAGUUCAGUGGCAGGAAAAAGAAUAUCAUCAUCACUAGAUUCUUCAUCACCACCAACACGAAAACCAGAAGACCUCUCCAGUAUAGGUUUCUUCUGAUGACACCAACAAACUAGACUCUGCUAACCUCUCUCUUAUUUGUUUUUUGGGGGGAGGUCUAGAAGGAUUAGUGCUAGUUGUACCAGUUCAGCUGCUGCUAAAGGUACUCUAGUCUUUGUUUGAGGAAGCCCUACAUGCUUUACAAACAUGCUGCUACUACUUGUGGGCCUAGCUGACUUUUCUUCGGCCACCAAUUAGUACAAAAUAAGACCAAAACUCCCCCAAAUAUUGGGAACCAAAUCCAGGAGGGGGAUGCGCACAUGCAAAAAUACAGUCACCUAAUGUGCAAUCAGACCAGGCUGGCAAGACCUAAAAGCUGAGCUUCAGGAUAAAAAAAAAAAAAAGAUGUCUGGAUGUUAAUGACGUAAAGCUUUAAGUAAAAAAAGACUGCUCGCAGGCAGUUCUUUCAGUACCCAGACAUUUUUUUUUUAUACGAAUAUAUAUUUUAUUUAAAAAACUGCAUUUUAGGUGGUGAAUCGGAUGGAAGGGACAUGAAUACAUAUAGUGGUGGUAGUGGAAGCAGUGGUGGUGAAGGUGUCAGUGAUGGCAUAGGUGUCAGCAGUACUUGUGGCCUGAAUAGGUGUCAGCAGUACUCAUGGACAUGGAGAUAUCAGCAGUGCUUGUGGCCAAGGAAGAUGUGUUAAGACUCUGAGAAGCCAUGGCACGCUUCUGAUGGUGGAUUUUUGUACCUUCCACAUUUCUUGGGAUUAGAACAUUACAUUGUUGAUCGCCAAUUCCUGCCACUUUCAUCUCAAAAACAUAGCGUGCAUCCGCUGUUGUUCUCUCUCGCCUUGACUACUGUAAUCCCCUUUUCAGUGGUCUUACGUAUUCCCAGCUUGCAACCUUGCAAUCUAUAAUGAAUGUGUCAGCGAGGCUCCUCUUCCUGUCCACCCGCAACUCCUACACCUCCCCCCUCUGUUAGUUGCUACAUUGGCUUCCUGUAAGAUAUAUGACUCAAUUUAAGAUUCUGGUGCUUGCUUACAAGUCUCUACAUAAUGCUGCCCCUACCUACCUAUCCUCCCUAAUACAUAAGUAUGUUUUGUCUAGGACCCUGUGCUCCGGGAAAGACCUAUGUCUAUCCUCUGUACACCUACCUCUGAUGCUUGCCUUUUAGACUUCUCCACGGCUGCACCUUUUCUGUGGAACUCCCUUCCCUUCUCUGUUAGACUUUCACUCAGUCUCCAUUCCUUCAAAAAAAAAAUCAUUCAGGAAAGCGUAUCAAUUAAACAGUUAAAAGCUUUCCCUCCCUGCACCCUCACUCCUCUCCUGCAACUGUCAAAAAUAACCUACUAAUUUCACAGUGAAUACUUUUCUAGCAACCUACUUCUACUUUAACCCUUUGUGUCACUAUACCCCACUCCCUCUAGCAUGUAAGCUCACUAAGCAGGGUCCUGAACCCCCUCUGUUCCCGUGUGUCCAACUUGUCUGGUUACAAUUACAUGUCUGUUAGUCCACCCAUUGUACAACGCUAUGGAAUUUGCUGGCGCUUUAUAAAUAAUAAAAUAAUAUUAAUAAAAAAAAUUAUAAAAAAAGACCUACCUUACUCAGUGCAGCGUUCACUUGCGCAGUAAACUCCCACAAACUGCAUUGCCUUCAGUAGUGGCAAUGAAACACACUCAAAAUAAACUAAUCUGUCUCUCACAAGAAAUAAUUUUUUUUUUUUAAAGUUACAUAAUUUAAAUCAGUGAAAUCUAAAUCCAAAUUAGUAAAUUGAACAUGCUGUAUGUAUGGCUCUGGCAGUGCACAGCAGUAAACCCAACCACCUUACUAGGGUGAUUGACACAAAGUAGUUGUUAGUGUUACACUGGCAGUGCCUGACUAGGCACAGCAGUAAUAAAAAAUUAUUGCAGUUAUAAAAAACUGCAAUAAUUACACUUGCAGGGUUAAAGGACCACUAUAGUGCCAGGAAAACAUACUCGUUUUCCUGGCACUAUAGUGCCCUGAGGGUGCCCCCACCCUCAGGGACCCCCUCCCACCCGGCUCUGGAAGGGGGAAAGGGGUAAAAACUUACCCUUUUCCAGCGCUGGGCGGGGAGCUCUCCUCCUCCGAUCCUCCUCUUCUCCUCCCCGUCGGCUGAAUGCGCACGAGCGGCAAGAGCUGCACGCGCAUUCAGCCAGUCACAUAGGAAAGCAUUCUCAAUGCUUUCCUAUGGGCGCUGGCGUGCUCUCACUGUGAAAAUCACAGUGAGAAACACGCAAGCGCCUCUAGUGGCUGUUAAUGAGACAGCCACUAGAGGAAAUAGGGGAAGGCUUAACCCAUUCAUAAACAUAGCAGUUUCUCUGAAACUGCUAUGUUUAUGAAAAAAUGGGUUAACCUUAGAAGGACCUGGCACCCAGACCACUUCAUUAAGCUGAAGUGGUCUGGGUGCCUAGAGUGGUCCUUUAAGGGUAGUGGGAGUUAGCCCCCAGACCACUCCAAGGGGGCAGAAGUGGUCUGGGUGCCUGGAGUGUCCCUUUAAAGUGAAGCAAUACCUUUUUUCACUUCCCAUUGCAUGUACUGCAUUGCAAUAGUAAUUUACAGGCAUAACUGACACUGCAACUGCAGAUUUCCAGUGAUUUUAUUUCCAGUGAUUUUAUUUCCAGUGAUUUAUUUAGUGAUUUCCAGUGGGCUUUUAUUCAGUUAAAACAAACAGUAGAAACAAAAACUCAUUCCAGAUUGUGCCAUUUAUCUUUAAUGUUUUACUCAUCUGACAACCUUAAACUGGGAGGAAAAGUGACAUAAGCCUGCCCACUGGGCCAUUUUCUGUCAAUGCAGUGCCUAUUUAUAUUUGUUAGCAGCUUACUUGCACACUGUUUAGAAACACCUCUUCAUCACUUUAAGCAUUUAUGGUUUAACUUUGAAUCCUCAGAAUUGUGGCCAAUGCCGCUAAGCUGCUAAGUCAUAGUUGUGUAAGGGGCAAAUAGCCGUAUAUGGAGUAAGGAUCAAUGGCGGAUCCAGGGGGGGGCAACGGGGCAGUUGCCCCCCCCCCCCAGAGAUUCUCCCCUGCCGGCUAAUGCAGGGCUGGCAUUGUCCAAGUGCCAGCCCUGCAAUGUGCCUGCAGACCGGAGGGGAGAUCAGAGACCUUCCUCCCCGGUCUGCAGACACCGUGCUGGCAGCCGGCAGGGGAGGGAGAGAGGACCUGGGAGCUCAGCCUGCAGCUCCUCCGGGUCCUCCUCUCGCGAGCAUUGAGCGUUGCCGCGGUUACCACGGCAACGCUCCAAAUCUCGGGAGAGUGAACUCUAGCCCAGGAGCGCGGGCUAGAGUUCACUCCAACCACUGGGACCACCAGGGAUUCCCCACUGGGACCACAAGGGAUUCCCCACUGGACCACCAGGGAUCGAAAUAUGUCCCCCCCUGCUCCCAGUAAAGGUAAGAAGGGAGGGGGGACAUACAUUUAUUUAAUUGUAUACAUUAUUUAUUUAUUUUUAUCAAAAAACCCCCUUACCCUCCUAACCACACAUUGCCCCCCAUAAACAGCCCACACACACACACACACACACUGCCCCCAUACACACACUGCCUCCCCAUACACACUGCCCCCCCAUACACAUACACUGCCCCCUCAUACACACAUACACUGCCCCCCACACACACACUGCCCCCCCACACACACACACACUGCCCCCCACACACACACUGCCCCCACACAUACACACCACAUAUACUGCCCCCAUACACACACACACACACUGCCCCCAAACACACACACACACUGCCCCCCAAACACACUGUCCCCCAUACAUACACUGCCCCCAUACACAUACACUGCCCCCAUACACAUACACUGCCCCAUACACACACACACACACACUGCCCCCCACACACACACACACUGCCCCCCACACACACUCCCACACACACACUGUCCCCCAUACACACUGCCCCCCAUACACACACACUGCCCCUCCCCAUACAAACACUGCAAGUUGUCAAACUGUUCUUAAACGGUUUGACUACUUACUCUGGGAGGGGGUCCCGGCACCAUAACCACUACACAGAGCUGUAGUGGUUAUUGUGCAUGGAUUAUUUCUUUAAAUAAUAUGAAAGUGCCCCUCCCGAGAUCAGUCUCUGGAUCCGCCACUGGUAAGGAUCCAGUAUAAGCGUAGGAUAGGAUAAAGGGAGCAAGUCGGUUGUGGUGUGCCGAGACCGACGAUACGGUAGGCCUGUAAAUAAAGAGGGCCCACCAAUGAGUAAGAAAGUAAAGUAAGUGGAAAGAAAAGAGAAAGUGUUGAAAUGAGGAGUGGGUGGGAGGGUCAUUCUGAUGCUGACCUCAAGCGAUAUGAGUCAGGUAAGAGGUGUCCCUUAUAUAGGGGAGUGAAUUAAUUUAAGCCCCUCCCUCAAAUACAGGCCAAACGGCCUUAAUACUUGUGUAAGGGGCAAAUAGCCUUAUAUGGAGUAAGGAUCCAGCAUAAGCGUAGGAUAGUAUAAAGGGAGCAAGUCGGUUGUGGUGUGCCGAGACCGACGAUACGGUAGGCCUGUAAAUAAAGAAGGCAAAAAUUACUAAUCAAAGAUUUAAUACAGUCAAAAAUAUAUACAAAUUAACCAGACAUUUCCUUAAAUGCAUUACAGUAUUUAAUUCCUGGAAGGAUUUUGAAGGUAGUAAUCUAGGACCGCAACUGGACACCAUUUGUUGUGGGUAGGAUAGUAUGUUAUCUCUAUUGUUGGUGCGUGUUGACUCAUUUCGGAAUGUGGUAGAGCCAAUAGGUAAUGAUAUAUGUGUUUACGUACGUGGGAUCGUUGAAGACAAUGAUCUGUCUGAGUGGUGGUGAUGGUAGUGGAUUCUCUGGCCUGAGAAAGGCAUAGAAGGCAGUGGGCAUGGCUGGUAAUGGCCGACUUGGUAGUAUAAUUGAAUGGUUGUAGAUCUAAUAGGUCCGAUAAGGAUGGAAAAGUUGGAUGGCUAUUGGUAAUCUCUGAGAGGAACGUGGGGCAAUGGAUUCCUGAAAACCUCUGAGUAUAUUCUUGUCUGGUAUGAUAGCAUGAAGUUAUGGUAGUUUUGGCCAUAGGUUAUCCUAUGUUGUUGAAUGCCUGUAAAAUAUAUAAUUAAUGGUGUGUGAUAGUUUAAGUUUAAAGUGGCAAAAAGAAGCAAAACCUAGGAGAAAUGUUAUGUCAUGUUCCAAUGAGAUUCUUUAAGCCAGGUGAAAAGUUGUGUUAUGCGUUCUACAAGUAUGGGACGAAAGUGCUAGGUGGGAUAGUGCAUGCUAUGCUGCCUGAGUAUGUCUAAUCCAUGAUUUUGUCUCUGGAACGAAAGAGUGGCCAUGACUGUAUGGGCGGCUGUAUGAAGCGUAUGAUGAACAUGCCUGGAAUAUAAAUGAGACAAUUGUCGGCAGGGAUGUAUUCCCCCCGCCCGGUACAUGAAAGUAAAAGAAAUGUGAUAAGUGGCCAACCAAGUGAGUUCCCCAGAAAUAUCAUGACCUUAUGGAUGAUGAGUGGCGUUUGUUGAUGAUAUGACAUGUGCUUAGUUGUCUGAGUAACAACGGAUUGAUGACCCUGACCAUGAUUUACCAUGAUUUACCCCAUGCCAGAGCAGCUGCUAUAAUGCGGUAGAUCCCCCAAAGGGGCUGAGGUGGUGGAAAAAUUUCCAAACCUGGAUGCCAUGGCCAACAGCUCCAAAGCAAUCGUUCCCGGUAGAUCGCUGCCAAACCCAUGGUAGAUGCCGCGUCUGACCAUCUGGUUGGAGAAGUGUCAGACAAUCCUGGAAGGAACAUGCUUUUACCAUGCCAAGUGGUUAAGAAAUCCCCCCCCAUGUGCAGGUCUGCUGUUGCUGGGGUGUCUAGGGACAUCCUCUGAUCGUCAUGUUGGAAGUGUGGAAAAAAAGGGAAAGUACUCUGGAUGUGAAAGCGUGGUCUUGUGGUAUGAUUGGCAUGGCAAAAUUAAGGAACCUGGUAGGGAUUGUAGUUCCUUGCAGUUGUUAGUACUAAGCAGGAGGUAGUGACUGAUGUAGUUGAGAUUGUUCCCUAUUUGUCUUGUGGUAACUUGCGUGUAUGGAUGCCGACUCAAGUCGUAUGCCCAGUAAUGUGAUGAUAGUGUCUGGGCCGUCUGUUUCUUAUGGGGUACUGGGACGCCCAAGUGGUCAACCAGACUAAGCUGCCGUGAGGCUUCUAGUGAAAAAUAUCUUAUCUUUGAUCAAGAAGUGUUUUAGAUAGUGUAUGACUGUAAGGCCUCUGGAUAUGUUAUCAUAACCAGCACAGCGUAUCUGCGAAUAUCGAUAGUAGGCUAAUCUGUAGCCUGAAAGUUGAGCGGGGAAAGGAUUGCCCAUUUUAUGCCAUGUAAGUGCCAGUGUGUAGGGUAGAUGGUAGCCGUUUACUGCGUUGAUGAUAUUGGUCUUACUUAACCAAGCUUCAACCCAUGCUUGAGUGAUAGCUGUAAAGGUAGAUCAUUGGUGUUGUAUAGUAAGGAAACUCCUCGGAGGGUAUGAGGGAGUUGAGACUUGGGGUAGCGGAGGUGUGUGGUGCCAAUAGGUCUAUGGUUAGUCUUUGUUUAAGGGAAGAUUUCCUUGUGACAAUACCAAUGUGUUUGUGUUUGGUGCCAUGCUGUAAGUGGUGGAGAUUGGAAAACCCAAGUAAAAAUCCCUCUGCAAAUCUUGGCUAUGAGUGUGUUUACAGCCAAUAGUUCUGUUGUGCUGACUAUAAGUGAGGGCAUGCUAUAUUCCUUGAAGGUGUAUAUAUGAUACCUGUAUGGGAGCCCUUUGAAGCUCCAGAGCUUUAGUAAAUCUACUACAAGUCUGGAAGGGUAAUGAGUCAGUAGUGUUGAAAAUGCAUUGGUGUGUACAGAUGGUGAGUACGUUAUUUGUAAGUUGUAUUGGUAUGGUUUGUCAUGUGCCCUGAACCAUUUGAACAUAUAUGCAACAGUCUAUAUGCAAUGCAACUACUAUCAAUUGUCUCUGGUAGUUCAGAGAUGCUGGUACCUGGAGCCUGACAGUGCUCAUCCAUUUGUUUGGGACAAAAUCCCUUCUGUAUGGGUACCUGCACAAAUAAACAUCUCUUCAUAUUCCAAAUGCCAACCCAAUCAAGGGAUGGUCAGUUUCCGAUUUACCUGGAAUCCCUGGACCUGACCAUCACAGAUACAUCAUCAUACAUAUAUAUGCCUUGUUUCCCCAAUGUGCUGGGAUCAUACGUGCAGGGUUAACGUCUUGUGUGUCAUAAGAAUUGAUUGUACCAGGUAACCGAGUUUCGGUUGGUGCUGGUUGUACAGUAGCGUGAGGCCCAGCCUUGUGAGGGCUGUGGUGACCGACUCGAGAUUGCCAGUAUGUCGUAAAUUUUUUUUUGCUCACGAGUUUAUGAGUGAGGCUAGCAUGGCCUGGGUGUCACCUGAGUUGGUGUUGCUGGACCUUCCCCUGCCUCCGUGUUGUCCGUUGAUGUAUGGAGAAGUUUGAAUAACUCUGCUUUCCUUGCUGUGGCAGGGUAGGGGAUUUUCGCCUCCUUAGGUCGGUGGUAAUGUGUGGGAUCGUCCAGGAUCUGAUUUCUGCUGGACUAGAAACAUCUCCUCUGCUUGAAGGUGUAUCAAUUUUAGCUGGGGUGCUAGGAAGAGGUGAUUCUUCACCAUCUUUUUGAGAAAUACUUAAAUAACAAUAAAGAUUGCAAUUAUUAUUUGUACCAAGGGGUCUUGUACUGGCUUGCUAGCUAAGCCGUAAGGCAAAACGAUUAGGCUUGGUGUUUUUUUGGUGACUGGUGAGGCCCUGCUAGUUGCCAAGUGGCUUGAGAGGCUCUAUCUAUUCUUGGCGUGAGGGGAUUUUGUGUGGCCACCGAACAUUGUGGCAGGAUGUUGGCCUCUCGGUGACAGUAACCAGAAAAUAGGAAGAGGAGUGACAGGUGAGGCCCUCUCUAUGAUACAAUGCGAGGCAGCUAGCUCACGAGUGGCCCGAGGGGUGUAUGCCUCCGAGUAUGAGGCAGGGUGUUGGCCUCGAGGGACCACUAACCGAAGCGUAAUGCAGAGAAAAAAUGGGGUAAUACCUAUUGGGCCCUAGAACCCUAAUUGCCAGUACGCUAUUACUAUUCCAGGGAAGGUAAGAGAUGGAUAACUACGUGAGCAGGUGUAUGUACCUGGUAGUAUGGUAUUGAACCUGACAAUCCGUAUAGGUUUUUUGGUUUUUUUUUUUUUGUAGUAACUGUAACCUGAUUGGAUAAAACCGUAUGGCAUAAGGAAAUAUGGCAUAGACCAAACUUAUCUUAAUACGUACAGUAUAUGUGAAAAAUAAAGUGCCUUGAUGUGUAAAUAUUAAACAUCGUAGCCAUACUGGUUAAAUAUGUAUCAAUCUUAACCCAUUAAGUGCCGUAUGUACAAGUGAAAAAGUGGUCUGUCCCCACCUUGUAUGUUGUGUGUCCCCUUGCUAGGGGAAAGUCUGUUGUGUGAGCAGCGUGCUGUGAAAAAUGUAUGUGAACUAUAUUACCAGUUACGUAUAUACAGAUGUGUCUGCUACUAUGUAAUAAUAUGUGUAUUUAUACCAGAUGUUGAUAUACAACUUGCUAUGUGAAUUGUUGUAUGUCUUAUUGAAUGGUAGGGGUCAGUGAACAUGGUGUUGCAAAAUGCAAGUGCACUGGAGAUCUGCCGAGUGCCCUAUAGGUGGCGGUGUAGUUGGAUACUGAUUGGUAUGUGAAAUGUUUUUGUCUGUUGACCUAUAGGGGUCAGUGUUUUGGUGUUUGUAAAACCCCAUGAAAAUUGUCAAUGUACUUGACAGACCUGUAGGUGGCAGUGUUGAUAGAACCACUGUUGGUCUUGAUGUGAACUGUAAAUUAUUGUGAAUUAAACCUGAAGUUGAGCCCGUACUGGAGUUUAAUUUAUGGUUUAUGGUUAUGUUUAAAACAAUCUUAUGUGUAAUUUAUAUUGUCUGGUAAAUUGUAUAUGACAUGUGAAGACAGUUUUGCUGUUGACCAGUAGGGGUCAGAAAUGCUGAUUGUCUGGUAAAAAUACCCUUUAAGCCCUUAAGGACCAAACUUCUGUCAUGUGUCCUAAGGGGUUAAUCCAAAUGCAAGGUUAACGUGAGAUUUUGAGAGUGAUCUGUAGGGGUCAGUGUGGUUUAUGUGAAACAUUGUUCGUGAGCUAUGCCCCAGCAUUAUAGUUGUAUGACAGGGAAACGAACAGUGCCCAUUUGACAAUAUACAAUAUGUGAACAUAAUAGCUUAAUAACAGUCAUUGUAACAAACCAAAGUUCUGUUCGUGGGUUGUAAACGCACGAAACGUGUGUGUAGUACAAUAGUAAAUGCAUGAACUAGUUUGGUAGAAAAUUGCCCGAAACGUGAACCUGGUAUGUCAGGGAAACAAAAUGAAACGAGCAGUGAGAAUCGAAUGCACGCACAAAAUUGCCUAGUAUGUUUAGGCAAUUGAAACAGAAUGCGUUCCAGUUCGGGAGUAUGCUAAUGCUCGAAAUGAGCCAGUGACAGAUAUAAACAAGUGAGUUUAAACGAAUGAUAUGCAUGAACAUGCAAUGGUUUUAGAACAGAUUUAGACAAAAUGCAGCCGUAAAGUGAGGACCUGACCCGUGCAUGGUGCCGUGGGAGUGAUGCCUGGCGUAAUGGGUAGGUCGACUUACGGUUUGUGAGUCACUUGGACACCAUACACAGUGAUAGAUUGAAGAAAGAAGGUGGUAGGCCGGAAAAGCCUGUGGCUGGAUCCCUGACACAGCUCAGCUUAGAAAACCUCACGGAGUAAUCAGGUAAAAUGGCGUCUGGAUCACUCGGAAGUGGAAAUUAUUCUGAUGCUGACCUCAAGCGAUAUGAGUCAGGUAAGGGGUGUCCCUUAUAUAGGGAAGUUAAUUAAUUUAAGCCCCUCCCACAAAUACAGGCCAAACAGCCUUAAAGGACCACUAUAGUGCCAGGAAAACACUCGUUUUCCUGGCACUAUAGUGCCCUGAGGGUGCCCCCACCCUCAGGGUCCCCCUCCCGCCCGGCUCUGGAAGGGGGAAAGGGGUUUAAACUUACCUUUUUCCAGCGCUGGGCAGAGAGCUCUCCUCCUUCUCUCCUCCUCCGUUCUGCCCCGUCGGCUGAAUGCGCACGCUCGGCAAGAGCUGCGCGCGCAUUCAGCCGGUCGCAUAGGAAAGCAUUAUUAAUGCUUUCCUAUGGACGCUGGCGUGCUCUCACUGUGAAAAUCACAGUGAGAAGCACGCAAGCACCUCUAGUGGCUGUCAAUGAGACAGCCACUAAAGGAUUAGGGGGAAGGCUUAACCCAUUAAUAAACAUAGCCGUUUCUCUGAAACUGCUAUGUUUAUUAAAAAAAUGGGUUAACCCUAGAAGGACCUGGCACCCAGACCACUUCAUUAAGCUGAAGUGGUCUGGGUGCCUAGAGUGGUCCUUUAAUACUUAUAGAAAAUGGCAGGGUAAACCUUUUCACUGGAUGGCGCAGAUUGCAGAAUAUGGACAAUUUAUGGGCAGAAAAAAAUUUGUUCAACUAAGAGUAGGCAUUAUAAAUUUGAGCUGAUUAACCUGUGCCAUGUCAGAAGGUGUGAAAAGUUCUUGCCCCAAUGACACUGAACUGUGCUGCUCCGGGCGAGAAUAAAACCUUCCAUUUUCUGUUCAUUCGCAAACAGAAGAGGCACGGGAAUGUCUGUACUCGCGAGGCACCUUUAAGUACACUCACGGGUAUGUCUGUAUAGUGUUUGUGUAGUAUGUAGUGGUGGCUUUUAAAUGUGGAUGUAUAUUUGUGUGUAGUAUGUGUGUGAGUGAAAUCGCGGCAGAAUCACAAUUUUGUUCUCGCUAAACACCAGGGUUCCACAGAACACCAAUUGGGAAACGCUGUUUUAGACAAACAUGUAGCUACUAUAAACAGAUCUAAGUGUAUUCAUUAUAUUAUUAUGCCUUUUCAUCACACAGCAGUUAGCAUAAGCUAGUUUCCAUGGUUUGGAGUAGGAUCUCCAUUAACUGUGCUGAAGAUGGGUAGUAUUGUUAAUGUAAUUAAUGAAUUAAUGUUGUGCUAGCCUUUCUCAAUCUUAUACUGUUGUAAACCUGUUGUUACUUUUAUUUCAAGUUAAAUUGUGGUACUAUAACAAAUGUAUCUUAUUGAAGUUGUUAUAGUCCCUUCAGUCCUACCCCAAAUUUUAUUUUCAUAAGUUGAAGGCUCGGGACUGAUGGGACCUAUUGGCUCUCAUAGCUUAACAUACUGUGACAUCACAUGCCCAUGUGCAGGGUUGUCACCAUCUGCCAUAGAGAAUCAUUGUAUUAAGCCCUCAAUUCAAACUUUCGUUAAUCUUGGGUGGCAUGGUCGUUGCUGUCGCCCAGGAGUGAUGCGAGUUUGAGCACAGGACUUGUUUUUUUGUAUUUGUAUAAACUAUAGUGCCAGUUCCUGGCACUAUAGCUUCCCCCUCUGUCAAGGUCUGCCUCCUUCGUGGAGCAGAAGUUGUUAAUAACUCCUAUCACGAACCUGGGUCCAGCGCCUCGGCCACUUCAAUGAGCUGAAGUUGCCAAAGUGCCUACAGUGUCCCUUUAAGGCUAAAUAGCUGAUUUAGAAAAUGCUCUGAGCCAUCGCUUGAUUAUUUUAGCCUGAAUUUUGCCAUUUUUAUUUCAAUUUUGUUAUAAUUCAGAAUUUAUUGAAUAGCCCUGCCUAAUUCGUUAUUGUCUGUUUCUGUGUUGUGUCACAAAUCACUUUAUCCACUUCAUGUCAAUGAGACAAAGUGUUAAUGCCAAAACUUAUUGUUCACAUCAUUAAUCAUAAUGUCACUGUUAACAAUAUUGUUUUCUCAAGCUAACUAACGAAAACUGAUAUGUUCCAUAGUUCAACGAACUGACAGGUGGAGCUUCAUUAUAAAAAGGGAGAGGCAUGGUCACAAUCGAACAGCAACAAUAAGAACACAAAGAGGUCCGCUUCUCAAAAAGAAUACUGUAAGUAGUAUUUAUUUUUAUUAUUAAAGAUCAUUUUUUUUAAAGAUCAUCACAAAACCUGUGCAUUUUGUGAGUACACUGGUAGCCUUGGUGUGCAAGUUAAGGAAAGAAUCUUAACACGUCUUUAAAGAUUUUGCAAAAAUUCCAAUCUUAUUGACCCCUCUCACUCAGCAUAUAGUUAAAGGGCUACUCUAAGCACCAUAACUACUACAGCAUGCUGACACUGGCAGCCAAUGAAUAAUUUACAGUUUUGUUACGAUAAUUUAGUAUGAAGCAUUAAUGUCUGUUUAACCAUACCAGCUCAGACUGGAAGCAGCAGGGGCAUCUGUGAGAGACAGGUUCUUAAAUUUGACAGUUCACUGUCCCAGUCCAAAUGCACUAGAGGUUCCCUUGCUCCUGAAACUCUACAGUGCACUGUAGUGGUUAUGGUGCUUAGAGUGUUGUAUACAGCAAACAUAAACUUUAAGGAAUCCAUUUUAAAAAAGGAAUUAUGAGGCAAAAAGGUGAUUCUUUGUUGAACUAAUUUACAUAUGCCCCCCCAGAAUCCCUUGCAGUAGCAACAUCCCUGCAAAUUUGAGAUUUCUGUUGGAAAAGUAAGUGUUAUGGAUUGACUGGUGUGUGCAAAUCUGUGUUUAACAAUGUAUUGACUAUCCAUUGACUUCAGGUGGAAGGGGUUUUCAAUCACUUUUUUCCCCCCACCAUAACUUUCUUGGUUUGUUUUCCACAAGUAUCGCCAUGCCUUACUAGCAAGCCAGUUAGCAACCUAAUUCUGAAGAGUUGCAUUAACAAUGAAACAGCUGUCAAUGAGUAGUUCACUGGCUUUGCAACUCUUCUUGGGUUAUGUUUCAAAGCUGUUGUAUACAACAAAAACAAACUCCAAGAAACCCAUGUUAACGCUGGAAUAGUGAGGCAAAAAGGUAAUUCUUUGUUUAACUCCUUUGCACAUGCCCACCCAGAAUCCCUUGCAGUAGUUUGGAAAAAGCGAGUCUUAUGGCUUGACUGGUGUGUGCAGAUCUGUGUUUAACAAUGUAUUGACUAUCUUUAGUUAAGUAGACGGUUUGCUAAGAUCGGACUAUCUACAAACUGAUGGGAUUCAUGAAGUUAGCAGAUUCAGACAAAGGUUUUAACAAAUAUACAAUGUGACAAUCACAACUCCAGUGCAAAACCGUGAAAUAGAAAGAUGUAUAUAGAGAGAAAAACCUUCCCUUAACAAAAAGGGUUUACUCCUGAAGACUUGAAGACUUGCUCUGGUCUUCACUAACAAAUACAUAUAUAGGGUUAUAAUAAAUAAUGGUAAUAUAUUUUCCAAUUGGCCACUCAAACUCAGUAUGCCAAAUACCUUAUGGGUAAUUCCCAGUGAAUUGAUGUGUCUUCAGAUGUGCAGGAUUAAUAUUCAUUCCAAGCAAUGAGAGACCAUGGCUCAGAGAGAAGAAAAAAAAUUAAACAAUAUAAAAUAUGUGAAUUUUUAGCAAUUUAUUUACUUACAUCAAAGUUAAAAACAGCAGAUACAAUCAAGAGUCACCAAAGUUGAAAGUUUUUUGUUUUUUUUCCAAAAUAAUUUUUAUUGUGAAUGCAUGGUACACAAAUAUAACACGAGUGACAUUAUCAUUUAUGCUUUUAAGCUGUUAUUCGGUAAGGUACAUUCACUAUUUUGCGAUUUUCUUAACAUGAACAAAACAAAACAAAUAAGAUUUACCAAACCAACGAAGUCCUGUUAAUAAGCAAGAGGUUGAGCUUAGACAAUUACUUUUGGAUGUGGGUGUCUGGCAGGCUCAGUUAUUGCCAGUUCUUCCACUUGCGUGGAUCAGGGAUUAUGAGGUGUUGCUGCUCAGGACAAUGGAACGUACAGUAUUUUGCAGUUUAAUAGUUAAGAGCAAAAGAAGGUACACCAAAGAAGGUAAGUUGAAAGAUUUUAAUAAGACAUGAGGGGUUGCAUUCAGUUUAGCUGGAAUAUAAACACGAGUUACUAAAUGACAAAAAAUCAAAAGUGAAGAAAGCAACCAGAAAAAAAAGCUAAAACUUAGCUGUUAAUACCGUAUCAAUAUAGUCACCAAAACAACUUUAGGUGAAUGAAGCAGAGUUAGUAUAUAGAUCAGGCCACUGCAGUUUCACUGCUCAGUUUUCUGCCAUGCAAGGGUUAAAUCACUUUGUUUAUGUAGCUCUAGUCACACCUCUCUGCAUGUGACUUGCACAGCCUUCCUAAACACUAACUGUAAAACAAGAUUUAAUGUUCAAACUUCCUGUAUUGCACAGUUUGUUCAAUUUUGAAUUUCUUAUCGCAUGCUCUUUUAACAGCCUGCAGGAGCCUCCUGUGUGUGAUUAAAGUUCAAAUUACAGAGCAGGAGAUAAAACGUCUAAAGCAAGUUAAAGUCUGAUUGAAAAUAAAACCAUUUUUGUUCAUGCAGGCUGUGGAGGGGAGGUGUGACUAGGGCUGCAUAAACAGGCGUGAUUUAACUCCUAGAUGUCAGUAGUCAGCAGUGAUAGGCAUGAUCUAUAUACCAAAACUGCUUCAUUAAGCAGUAUUUUGCUGCCUAUAGUGCCCCUUUAAAAACCUAAAAGGUAUUCAUAGGGAAAUGUGUUUUUGUGCUCUCCUUGAAGAGCCGAAUGAUCAUUAAUAUGAUCUUCAGAGCUCUAUUAAUAGUCCUAAGCAGACUGAUUUUUUUUAAUGCAAUGGCAAACUAAAUGGAUAUUUAUUACUACUAUGAUUGAUCAGCUUUCUUGAUCUUAAUUAUAACUUUAUUCUGUCUUUCCUCUCCUGCUAUAUUAUUGUUAAUUGUGAGUAGGGAUACUGAGAAACCAUCUGAUUGGCACAGGGAUGUGUUUUGCCGCACAUGUGCACUAACCUCCCUAUGCUUUCCUAUGGAAAAGCAAUGGAUUGGUGGAGAUCAUCAACAUUGAUCAUCUCAGCCAAAGAAGUGGAGAAGACCGGCACUGCUGAACUGAAAGGUAUAUAAAUGCCUCUUUUAAUCCUGGUAGUGGGAUCCUGGUCACCUACAGGUUACAGGGCACUAUAGCAUUAGGAAUACAUACUUAUUUCUGGUUCUUUUCUUUGCUGUUGUUUUUUAAUUUGGAAUUAUUUUGACCAAAAUUAGUGACAAACGUGUUCCUCUUAAGCAGGAUAAUUUUAUAUAAGAUUUAUAGACCACAUCUACAAAACGAAAUUGUGUUUUCUGUAUCUCCUAAAAAAAGUUAUAGUAUUUGACUUUCACUAUACUGGUAUAUGUGCCAAUGCAGACAGGUUUAAUUGUACUGUUGCUUUAAAUUUAAUGUACCAAGUUAGAAAAGCCAGGCUCGAAACUUGCAAGCACAGAAGCACAAUGCGUUAUCUCACAAAGCAAUAUAAAUAAUAUACUUUGAGCACUCCACAGACACUAAUUCAUAUUACCUCUUUUUCAGCAAAGAAAUCAAACAGUCUUGGAACAUAAAUUAUUAUUUAAUCACAUAUCUUGCAUGCUUUAGGAUCCAGUGAUCAUCAGUCAGUGUGGUUUAAUGUAAGAACAGUGACUGAGAACAUAAAUUACUAUUUAAUCACAUAACUUGCAUGCUUGCUGUAUAAUAUAUUCUGCAUUUUCCAGACCUAUUUUUCCUUUGUCCCUUCUGAUUUGUACAUAGAUUUAUUUAUGUGACAGUGAUUGGCAGUGCGAUGACAAAUGAUAUAGGUCAAGUAGGGAAUAAUAUAGUUCAAAUAGGGAAACUAGACAAUUAUUUAGGGAAUAUGGUUAUUUUAGGCUAGGUUUUUCCAUUCUCGUGCCAACUCAUUUCAACUCAUUCAGAUUAAUUCACUAAGAGGUAAAAGCUUUUUCUGGAACUGACCAGACAAUAUCAGAUUUUAAGGGGUUAAGGACCAAACUUCUGGAAUAAAAGGGAAUCAUGACAUGUCACACAUGUCAUGUGUCCUUAAGGGGUUAAAUUCGCCUGCCUUGUUUUCCCAGAUUUUCUAUUUUGCCAAAAAAUGUACCUAUAUGCACGUUAGUGAAUAACCCCUAUUGAAAAAAAAAAAUCGGAAAAAAUAUUAGUUGCACCUUGAGUUCAGUGACAGUUCAUGGAAACUGCCUGGGUUUUUUUAAGAAUAUUAAAAUGCAAUAAACCUUGUAGGAAAAAAAAAAUAACACAAUAUCUUUGGUGAAUAUAUCUUGAAUGGAGUUUACCUUAUCUCUCUUAUUUUUUUUUUCAGUUUAUUUUACUUUUUAUAUUGGUUAUCUUUAUAAUCCAGUUAUGACUGACACUGAUAAGAUAUGCGCACAGCUUUUUUGUUUUGGACAAAUUGUUCUAAUGAAUUAUUUUUAAUUAACUUUCAUUUUAAUUAAUCAAUUUAGGAUGCCCUGCUAUUAUUAAACCGUGAAAUAUUAUACUUUCGGUGCAGGUGCUAGAAAGAAUGCAAUUUUUUCAGUUAAAAGCCAGAGUUUGGUGCUCAAAGGGUUAACAAUAUGGAAUCUAGAGAAUGUUCCCACCAUCAGUUUCCCCACACCUUGGAAUGUAAGGGUUAAUAUAUUAGUGGCCUACACACCUGUAACACUAUUCCCUGGCUCUGGGACUUGAUAUUUCUGAAUGUUAAUAUCGACAUUUCUUUUAUUAUGGUAAAAUCUACUAACAAAGGGCUUAUAUGGUUCUUUUAAUGACACUUUCUGUCAUAAAAAUGGCAGCUGCUAACCUACAAGAAUUUAUAAAGGAAUUUUCUGUCUGUAAAAACUGGUGAAACGUUAUCUCCUGCCUCACUAUGUAUUUAACCAUCGAAUUACAUUGGUCAUCACAGAAUUUAUAUAUAAUUUAAGUUAAACUGAAAGGGACACUAUAGUCACUAGAACAACUGCAGCUUAAUAUAGUGGUUCUGGUAUCUAUAGCAUGUCCCUGCAGGCUUUUUAAUGUAAACACAGCCAUUUCAGAGACAAGCCAGUGUUUACAUUACUGCCUAGGAACACCUCUAGUUGCCCUUACUCAGACUAGAGGUGCUUCCCGGCUCAAUGCUGCACUGAUGUUCAGCGUCUCCACAGUCUGCAUAGAGAUUAAAUGAUGAGAUGCUGAUUGGCGCAGCAUGGCAUUUUGCCUCCCAAUACUUUCCUAUGGGAAAGGAGUGGAGCAGCCAAGGAUGCGUAGCAGGGGCAAGGCCAGCCGGGAAAAUCCACACGCAGCACUGGAAAAAUGGUACGUUUUAACUCUUUUUAACAGGGCAAAGGGGAGCCAGUCACCUAAAGUGUGUUUUUAACAUUAUAGUUUGUGACAUCUUUUUUUUUUUUCUCCCUAGUUUCUUUUUAGUGCCUAUUUACCUUUAUGUUCGGUACUAACCUCCUAUCCGGCUGUUUGGAUUAUCUACUUUCUCUAGAUCAUAUUUAGACCCAUUAAAGUUCCACUAUCACAACUACUUUCUAGUAGUUGACUGAAUCUGACCUUAAAGGGAUAAUAUUCAGGAAUUCAUUGGGAAGAACUGUUUUAUUAGCAAUAAUCAGCAUGGCUUUAUGAAACAUAGGUCAUGUCAAACUAACCUAAUUGCAUUCUACGAAGAAGUAAGUAGAAGUAUAGAUCAGGGUGUUGCAGUGGAUGUGAUCUACUUGGAUUUUGCCAAGGCAUUUGAUACGGUUCCUCACAAUAGGUUAGUCUUCAAUCUAAAAGAAAUUGGUCUAGAUGAAUAUUCUUGUUCUUGGGUAGAACAUUGGCUUAAGGAUAGAGUACAACGAGUUGUAAUUAAUGGUACAUUUUCAAGCUGGACAAAAGUGGUAAGUGGUGUCCCUCAGGGUUCUAUUUAACAUAUUUAUAAAUGAUCUUGAAAUGUGCAUUGAAAGCCAUGUAUCAGUGUUUGCAGAUGACACAAAACUUUGUAAAGUAAUAAAAUGUGAGCAGGAUAUUGCUUUGCUGCAGAGGGAUUUGGAUAGAUUGGGGGACUGAGCACUAAAAUGGCAGAUGAAAUUUAACGUAGAGAAAUGCAAAGUUAUGCACUUCGGGGUUAAGAAUGCACAAGCAAUUUACACCCUAAAUGGUAGUGAACUAGGGAUAACCACACACGAGAAGGAUUUGGGAAAUGUUAUAGACAACGAAUUAGGCAGCAAUAUGCAAUGUCAAUCUGCCGUUGCUAAGGCCAGUAAGGUUUUGUCAUGUAUAAGUAAGGGCAUAAAUUCUCAAGAUGAAAAUAUAAUUUUGCCUCUUUAUAAAUCGCUGGUAAGACCACACCUUGAAUAUGCUGUGCAAUUUUGGGCACCUGUUCUAAAGAAAGAUAUCAUGGCACUAGAAAAAGUGCAUAGACGAGCUACAAAAUUGAUAAAAGGAAUGGAGCAUUUUAGUUAUGAAGAAAGGUUAAAAAAUUUUAAAUCUCUUUAGUUUGAUAACAUUAUACAAAUAUAUUCGGGGCCAGUACAAACCAUUAUCUGGAAAUCUAUUCAUAAACAGGGCUAUACAUAGGACACGAGGUCACACAUUUAGGCUUGAAGAAAGGAGAUUUCAUCUAAGGCAAAGAAAAGUUUUUUUUACAGUAAGAGCAAUAAGGAUAUUAAAUUCUUUGCCUGAAGAGGUGGUUUUGUCAGAGUCUAUACAGAUGUUUAAACUGCAAUUGGAUAAAUACUUGCAAAAACAUAACAUACAGGGAUAUAAUUUCUAAUUAGUGGGGUUAUAGCUGCUUGAUCCAAGGAGACAUCUGACUGCUAUUUUGGGGUCAAGAAGGAAUUUUUUCCUAGUUUGUUGCAAAAUUGGAAGUGCGCCAGACUGGGUUUUUUGCCUUCUUUUGGAUCAACAGCAAAAACAUAUGUGAGGAAGGCUGAACUUGAUGGACGCAAGUCUCUUUUCAGCUAUGUAACUAUGUAAAGGACCACUUAAGUCACCCAAACCACUUCAUCUAAAUGAAGUGGUCUAAGUGCAGUGGUCAUGUCAUUUUAACCCUACAAUGUAAAACAGUCAUUUUUUUAGAAACUGCAAUAUUUACAUUAAAGAGAUAAAUUCCCCUCUAGUGGCUGUCAGUAUGGCCAUACUGACAGCCACUAGAGGCGCUUCACAUGACGCAGAAGCUUGGAGGAGACCUUUAAGUUUAAUGCUUUGCUAUGUGGAAGCUUAUUUGUGCAUGGCAGGUCCCCAAUGCUCCUCUCUGUGGCGGAAUGGUGAGUCUCGGCGCUGGAAAAGGUGAGUAAAACCUUUAUUUUCAUUUUAUGGCAAAUGUGGGGGAGGGGGGACAACUAAGAUAGAUAGGAACACAAUAGUGCUAGGAAUACAGGUGUUAUUUUAAAGUUUGUUGUAUUUAAAUUGUAACUGCUCAUAAUUAUGAAAUUAUGUACGCAUUUAUUGAUCACCCUUUUGCUUUCUUGUAUAUUCCUGUUUUCAAAAAAGUUAUAAAAAUUAAACUGGUAAGAAAAUGGCAGAUACAUGCAAAACACAGGUAGUAGUACACAAUUAUAUUUUUGCAACAGUAGCAACUCUAAUAUGCAUGUAAACUAUUUUUAGGGAAAUAUUCAAAGAGACAGCCAAGGUGAUAUAAUUAUUUACCUAUUCUGUUGUCCCAAAUAUGAUUUAUUUCUUGCAAUGGGUAAUUAUUUAAUUUCCAUUAUAAAAGCCUGUUGCUGGUGGUUUAUCGGACAUUAUCUCGAGAUGAGCAUCGUUGGAAGACUAGAUAAUUGGCUUUUACUAUUAAUGAAUGAAUAAAUAAACGCUGGCUGCAUAAGCACUCAGCAGACAAACAAUAUGGUUCUUCUUUGUAGGGCACUCCGCACCAGUUUUAAACAAUAGAACCACAUUGAUUUUUCUAAAGAUAGUUGAUGAAGAGCAGCUUUUUCUGAUGGUUUCUGAUAGCCCAACUAGCCAGAGGUUGUUUUGCUGACUUCUAUUUUCAAGAUCUUAAAUCUUUCCAAUCACAUAUUAGAAGUCAAAAUGGUGUAGAUUUACAUGCAUCUAUCUAUGAAUGCCUUUAGUGUGUAUUGUUAAUUGUUGAAGAAAAGGUUUCUUCCAGAAAGUGAUCUGAAAUAAGUGCCAUAAUUUAUGGUGUUGUGGAUAGAGAUGCUAUAAACACUGUCUUUUCAGAGAAAAUGCAGUGUUUACAUUACAGCCUAGGGAUACCUCCACUGGCCACUCCUCAGAUGGCUACUAGAGGUGCUUCCUGGGGCAGUGCUGCACUGACAUUCAGUGUCUCCACCCUUUGCAUGCAGACACUGAACUUUCCUCAUACAGCUGCAUUGAUUCAAUGCAUCUCUAUGAGGAGAUGCUGAUUGGCCAGGGCUGUGUUUGACUUGUGCUCGCUCUGCCCCUGACCUGCCUCCUUGACAGUCUCCGCUAAUCCAAUGCUUUAAUUUGAAAAAUCAUUGUGAUUGGCUCAGAACACAACUUCUGAUUAUGUCAGUCCAAUAGUGGCACAAGUUAUUUCUGCCCAUUACAAGAAUAAACUGCUAUAAGAGAAGUCAAUCCAUUAAAGAAUCUAGUGGUAGUCCACUAAUUUCUUCUAUCCAACUUGAAAAUUCUUAAUGAAUUCAUGCUUUCUGCACUCUUUUUUUUUUUUAACCCAAUGUUUAAUUUUCAUCUAUUUCAACAUUUCCAUCUAAAUCCAUUUCUUUUAAUUUAAUAAUAACUUUCUGUAUCAAACUUACACCACCCAGCACCGAAUCUCAAACUUUUCCCUAGCCUCUGAAACAAUUUCUUCCAAUCUUUCCCUUCCCAAUAAAUACAUUCUUGCUUCUUUUUUUCUGUUCUGUGUGUGUGUUUUGGAAUUUCUCUUUAUUUUAUGUCUGUUCAUCUCUCCCUGUUUUGUUUGUAUUUGCACUUAUUUCCUUGUUUUGUUUAGUCUCCUCUCCUUAUCGCAUUAGACCUGUAGUUAUUUCUAUAGUGUGUCCAUGGUCAGACUAACAGAAGCUGCAACAUUUGAGCCACUGUGCAACAACAUUGCCAUAGUUAGGACCUGUAGUUGGGCAAAACCUCUCUUGUGCCAUGUGACCAGUGGCGGAACAAUCGCGGUCGAAGGGGUCACAGCUGCGACCAGGCCCGUCACUCCGGGUGCCUGGCGGCCAUGUGUUCCGGCCCGUGCGGUAUAACCGCCGGGGCCGCAUGUUAAGGGGCCCAUCAGGUGGUCCAUGCUGUUAGGGUUACCCAAUGGAAAUUUAUUUCCAGGGGGCCCAGUCAGUGCUGCAGCGAUUUAACAGCGCAAGUUGGCCCCCUUUGACAUCAGAACACAGGGAGGAAGUGACUGACCCUGUCAUUUACUCCCUUCAAUCACAGAGCCCGCGCGGGAGGAAGAGAGGAGAGAGUCAGAGUGGGAACUCUGACUCCCAUCAGCCUGAGCCACUGGAGCCCAUGGGAAAAUCACCCUCCUGCACCUGAAAGGUAGGAAACAGGAGGGUGACAUUUUGCAUGUGUCUCUGUAUGUAGGUGUGUGUGUGUGUGUCUGUAUGUGUGUAUGUGUCUCUGUGUGUGUCUGUAUAUAUGGGUCUCUGUGCGUAUGUGUGUCCACAUGUAUGUAUGUGUCUGCAUGUGUGUGAGGGGAUGGGGUGGGGGGGUAAAUAUAUGGGUGACUCCAGGGCAAUUUUUACACCGAGGCACCAUGGUUUCUAGUUACGCCUCUGCAUGUGACACAAAAUAAAAAAGGAUAUGGAUUUUUUCUUUAUUGUUUCCAUGUUUUGUUAGGCUGUCAGAUCUGCUGUUUUGUCUUUUGAAAUAAACCUUGUGUUGUAAUGGAUCCACAUGUUAUGAGAAGCUUUCUUUAAGGAUAUACCUACACAAUUAAACAAUGUUAGCAGAAAAUCCACCUCUAGUUACUAGGAUUAGCCAACUCUUUCUCUUGGAUGUUGGGCUCCACAGAUGAUUUAAUGUGUACAAAGUAUCAUUUGCUUUUAUUUAUUUUUUUACAUUGACUGGCUUUUUGAUACAUCCUUGUGAGUUCCAGGAUUCUUUUUACCUGGAACUGCUGUUGGUAUAAAACUUCUUUUACCCACCUUGUUACUUGAUUGUACCAAAUGAUCUCCAUCAGUCCAGGGCUGUAUGGCUUUUUAUGGAUUUAAUAUCAGGCGUUUUUUUUGAGGCAUUGCAUGUGAAUGUAGGAAUGUAGAGUGGCAGUGUGUAUGUGAAUUUGAUGAUGAACGCCAGAUGCGACUAAGGUGUUGGUCCAUUCCACUGUCCUUUCUCACCUUGACUACUGUAAUCCGCUUCUUAGUGGUCUUACGUGCUCCCAAAUUGCGCCGUUACAGUCCAUAUUGAAUGCGGCGGCGAGGCUCAUCUUCCUGUCCGCCCGCACCUCCAAUGCCUCACCUUUCUGUCAGUCCCUACAUUGGCUUCCUAUAAAAUAUAGAGCUCAAUUUAAAAUUCUGGUUCUUGCUUUCAAAUCUCUAAAUAAUGCUGCUCCCACCUAUCUAUCCUCCCUUAUACACAAGUAUGUCCCGUCUAGGCCCUUACGAUCUGCUGAAGACUUACGUCUAUCUUCUGUCCGUACUCCCACCUCUGAUGCUCGCCUUCAAGAUUUCUCGAGGGCUGCACCGUUCCUGUGGAACUCGCUUCCCUCCUCCGUUAGAUGCUCACCCAGUCUCCACUCCUUCAAAAAAUCAUUAAAAACCCACUUCUUCAUAAAAGCGUAUCAAUUAAACUGUUAAUAGCUCCUGACUGAUUCCUCUUCUGCAACUGUCACUAGUCUAAUACUAUCCUUACCUUUUUGUGUCAUUUUACCCCACUCACUCUAGCAUGUAAGCUCAUUGAGCAGGGCCCUCAACCCCUCUGUUCUUGUGUGUCCAACUUGUCUGGUUACAACUACAUGUCUGUUCGUCCACCCAUUGUAAAGCGCUGCGGAAUUUGACGGCGCUCUAUAAAUAUCAUAAUAAUAAUGAUGUAUUUGUGUAGUGUUUCAAAUGUGUCAAUACUGUAUGUAGCAGUGAAAGGCCCGAAUAAAGUGUUGUGCUAGCGUGUGUUUUCUCCUUGCUAGAUAUAUUGUGUCACUUGCCCACACCAGUGCCACGUCUGCUAACCAUUUGGAAAUUACUUUUGCUGUUCCAACCCUUUGAGCACCGCACAUUUGGUAGAGUUUUUUUGUUUCCAUGCCUUCGUGGUUUGUGCACUUUGUAUAUUGCUAUAAUGUGUAAAUAAUUUAUUGACGAAACUUUAAACAAGUGCAGGUGUGCUUUAAUCAGUAUGCUACGGUUUAUUGCCAGUCUAUUCAUAAUCAUAAAUAGUUUCAUGUAGACGUGAAAGUAUAUUACUGAGAUCCGUACAUUUGGUUGGGAAAACACUAACAAUUAGAUAAUAGAACAUUUCCUGUAUAUUACUGAGAGCAAUUGAGCCAUACCAAUAUAUCAAUAUUUUAUCUGCUCAUAUAAAGCUAUGAUUAUAUGUCUACAUGUGAAUUAUGAAGUAAGAUCUAAUAAACUGCAAGUUUGUUUGAGUAAAACCCUAUUCACCACCUUGCUUCUGUUGAUUAUUCAUUUUUGUUUAAUUACCUGUUUAACUUCCUCAUAUUAAUAUUGUAAAGUCCUGCAGAAUUUGUUGGUGUAAUAAAGAUAAUAUUAAUAAUAAUUAAUAAUCUACAUGUGGGACUUUUCUAUUGCAUUUUAUAAGUUCUCCCUUCAGUCUUUCCUACGACUUUUGACCCCCGUUAGAUAAAUUCCCUGGAGACACAACUAAAGCAUUUUAAGUACUGAUUUUUUUUAUAUGCUAGACUCGUCAGCUUAAUAUCUUGCACCAAAGUGAUAGUUGAUGCAUGACCCAUUCAAUAUAAUAAUGUGCCUAUCUGUAUAAAUUUAGAAUCCUAUGUCAAAACUUAAUAUUGUGAUAAUAGAUCUAGUGUGCAUUUUAUUUUAUCUUUGUAUGCAUCUCGAACAGGAUUGCUUAUUAAAACUGUUUUUCCUUGUAAAUAAACCUUAUGAAAUCUUAAUUUUAUCAUUAAAGCAAAUCAUGCUAUAAAAAAAGACAAAAUUAAUGCAUUUAUUUUUAUUUUUGUAUGUAUGUAAAUUUUGUUCAUAAAGAAUUGUGUUUUGGUUUUUCUUGUGCGUUGUAUUCAAUUAUUUUUUAUUUUUGUUUUGCGUUCUGAUGCUGCAAACAUUCCCGCAAUAUCAGUAAAUUUUGUUUUCUUUCAGUUGGCCUAAGAAAUAAAAAUGUACCUGCGUCUACUGACUUUGGUAACCUUGCUUGGAUUCUGUAUACAUGGCUCGAAUGGUAUGUAAUUCUUUAAAAACUUUUAUUAAACAAUUAUAAAACGGGAAAAUACUUCAUAUAUUGUAACUUUAACCCAAAUCCAUCUGUUAACAUGUCAUUACCUGAAAAAGGUGUGCAUAAAGAACUAAAUUGCAUAUAUAAACUGUUUGUAUCGAUCAUGGAGGUGUUUGCUUUGCCAUGGAACCUUCUUGUUACGUGCAUGCUCUGUCUCAUAUUCUCUCCUCCAUUGCCUUAGAUGUUUGUCUUUGGGAGCCAUCUUUGUAAUGUAUGUACAGAUGCUCUACGUUUUACCCAUGACUGUGGCCUUGACACUUAUUAGGCCAUAGCCCCCUUUAUUCUGACUUUGUACAGACUGAGUACUAGAUUUUUGGUGGAAUCCUCCAUUCACCAUGAGUAGUUUCCAAGUCUUGUUAUCUAUGGUGUCUAUCUCUUCUCCUGGCCAGGUUAUUAUUUCUACUGGGUACCUGAUGACUCACAGGGCAUAUAUAUUGAUGGUGUAGAUCUUGUUCAUGCCAUUGAGCAGAGACUGCCUGAGUCUGUGGAGAUACUUGGAUGUUGCUGUCUCCCUUUCUCUUCCUCAUGGUUCCCAUGUGUUUGUGGUAUCCCCAGGCACUUGUAACUGUUCUCUGUGUGUACUUUUUGGCUUUCUGGUGUUUCAACUACUUUAAGUUCUAACCAUCUUCUCUCUUUUUGCAAUCAUCCACUCACACUUAUCUAGUCCGAGCAACAUUCCUAAGACCUUGCUGUUUAUCCUAUUUAGGCAGAUCAGUGAGUCGAUGUCCCAUUUAUUGUUGGCAUAGAGCUUGAUGUCCUCUAUGUAGAGGAGGUGGCUGAUGGUAGCUCACCUCUUGAACCUGAAUCUGUGAACCCUCUUCAUGAUUAUCUGGCUGAGGGGGUUGAGGUCUAUGCAGAACAGCAUUUGGGAUAGCAUAUCAUUUUGGUAUAUUCCAUUGGAAUUGGCUUCUAGUGUUGUUCUCUACUUGCCCAUUGAGUUCAUUAUGAAGGCUCAUCGUGUCUUAUUGACCUUGCAAAGGGUUAAGUAUCCCAGUAUCCAUGUGUGUCAUGUUUUGUGGGCUUUCUUGUAGCAAAUCCAGGCACAAGUAAUGAUAAAACUCAUGUAAAUACAUCCACAUACUCUAGAAUAAAUGACUAAGGAAUCCAAUAGCUGCCCUUUGAGUCCUUCAAUGAGUAGGACAGAUUUCAUGAUGCCUUCUGAAAUGGGCCUCUAUUUAAUAUAUUUGGAAAAGCAUUUAUAAUUUAAUAUUCUUGAAUAAAAAAAAAUUAAUUUAAUACUUUGAAAAAUUUUAACAUUUACAUUUUUUUCUGAUAUUAAUAUAUAUUUUUUAUGUAUGAUUUGUUUUUUGAUAUUUUAUUUUUUUGAAAAAAAUACUUUUAAAAUGUUAUCCAAGAAUCGUAAAUUAUUUGAAAGGCUUAUCCAAAAAUAUUACAUGAUGGCCGUGUUAUAAUUUGCCAUUUAAAUUAUAAUUUUGCAAGAAAGGCAUUAGUUAGUUUUGAGGAGGGGAAGCUUGAGCCUCAGGUACUCUUGUAACCUACAUACACUCCUGUUUACCUAUGCAUGUUCAUUUGUUCAUUACAAACACUCACUUAUAAAUUAAAAGGACACACCUUUAAAGCCCUUUAACUUGCUGAAGUGCUUUAUAUGUGAAGAGUGUGUCCUCUUCCUUUUUUUUUUUUUUUUUUUCUUCUUUUUACAAGUGAAGACUUCAAUAGAAAUUGGUACUUUUUAAAAUUAACUUUAUUAUUCCCUCUGGCUUUCAUGCAAACAACAUAUCCUGUUACUUCCUGGUUUGUUUAGCUUAGUGGCGCUAAACUCAAGAGACAGCAAUUUUAUGGCAAGACAGGCGGCUUCAUAUUUGCUUUACUUUCUUUACUGUAACUCCCAGCAGCAAAGAAACAGUUAACAGUAAGUAAAAAAUUUAACCAGAGUGUACAAUAGAGUAUGUCCAGUCAUCAGGCUCCUCCCAAUUCCUCUUUUCUUUGCUGCUAGCCUCCCAGGUGAGUCUAUUCCAAGUACAGCAUAUAUACCAUUUCCAUAUAUGUAUAUGUUGACAUGAUUUAAAUUCAACUCUACUUCACUACAAAACAUACUAGGCUUAGUAGUGUCAUUAUUUACUUAAAUCCCACAAACUAACAGAUCGUUUUCUUACACACACUGUUCCUUUUAAAUUUUAAACCGCCGCCUGCUCCCUUCCAUUACGGACAGAAACCGCAUCGGUAAUCUGAUCGCGGCUUUCUGUCCGGCGGCCAUCCAGUGAAGUUUCACUGGAUAUUAACUUCUUACACCUAUAAGUCUUUUUUCUAAAUACUAAUAAAUGUGCCUCUGAUUACUCGGGCGGUAUCACCGCCUACAUCCACCACGACCGUUCCCCCUACCGUCUCGAUAGCGACAGGUCCGUCCUUCCGUGGCCAUUUUCCCCUCAAUUGCGCGGGCUUUGUCCCGCGCUUUACCGUCAACAUUCUAAUCGUUGGUUGCAGCUUGUUCUCUGCUCUCUUCAGCGGCUCUCCAGCGCCUUCUUCUGGUCGUUCAGGUAAGUGCACCCAAUACAUGGAAAUAAAUAUUUUAAUAAAUAUUUUAAUUAAACACCUCUUCUUGUGGAUUGCUCAUAUUAAAGUGAUCUCGGUCUUUUUUAUUGCAGACUACUUCUAAACAUCUAAAUCCUUGCAUAAGAGGGUGACCCCCCUCUAUACUAAAUACUCUUGUCUCAUUACUGAGGGUGACCCCCUCUAUACUAAAUCUUGUCUGCCUUAUUAUAGAGGGUGACCCCCUCUCAUAAAUAUAUUAAUUUGCCUCAAUAUACUGUAUACUGAGGGUGAUCCCCUCAUUACAUUAUUUCUAUCGCUUCUUAAUCUGUGGGUGACUUCAUGCUCGAUUAAAAAGAUGACUGACACCACUUUUGAUACAACACUUUGCGUUACGUGCCAAAACAAGUCCACCAUCUAUUGAAUUAUUUACUAUUAUUUUACAAAAAAAAAUUGUUUUCAUUAUUAUAUAUUUUGUAUAUAUUGCUUGUGGUGACCCCACUUUACUGCAAUUAUGUCCGAUUUACCUGAACCAGCAGUCCCUGCGGAGCUCAAAGUUUGGCUGUAUAACGCCAUUGCGGACUCCAUUCCAAAAGCCUUAGCAGCUUUCCAUGACCAGUCCAAACCCACCUCUAAAAGGACCCCUAUUUCACACUUGUCAGACUCGGAUGAGUCUAACGGCUCAGACCAUGAGGAAACCCCCCCGCAAACGUCCCUGGAAGGGCGAUAGUGCUACCGCCGGUAAAGGCAAGGCACCAGCUAAAACGCCCAGAUUAUCCAUCCCAGAUACUCGGGAACAUAACCCCAAUUAUAACCCAGACCCAUUAGAGGGUUCCACUUCCAACCUGCAACUGCAAGUAGUUGACGAGUACUGUGCAGAGUAUUCGGACGAGGACUUUCCCUCGCAUGAACUCAAUGAACCCCCCUCUGACUCUAACUCCAUUCUGGAGGAUAUUUUACUGGAUACCCUUGGCCGGCCCUUGUUUGACCCUAGGUACAUCAAACACCCACGCUCAACUGAGUGGCCCCCCCCAGACCGCAUUGCUAAAUUCUGCAGGAUGUGGCUGCGUAAGCCUUUAGAAAAGGAAGUGAGGGCCAAGGUAAGAGCAGACAGGUGGCACUUUAGAUGCGCACAUGGUGUGUGAAUGGACACAAAGGGCACAGGCUACAGGCCUCGACCUUCAGAACACUGGAACUCGGGCAAUACCCGUUUCCACCACAAACACUUCUUCCCCUUAGAGGACGUGGAUCUGCUUCCCUCCGCGGUCACACUCCUACAGGUAAUGGACUCUCAUUUUUUUCAUAUACCUAUAGCAGGCCGAUUAAUAAAUUUUUCCCAACAGUGGUCUCGGCUCACACAGGACCCGUGGAUCCUUCAGACCGUGUCUGGCUUCCACCUAGAAUUUACAGAGAACCCAGUUCAAAUGUCUUUACCUGCCCCCCUCAGAAUGUCUCAAAUGGACGACAUGUCCCUUCAGAUCGAACUCGACGACCUAAUCUCCAAGGGUGCUGUCGAACAAUCCCUCAGCCCACGAGGUUUUUUGAGCAACAUGUUUCUAGCCGAGAAAAAGUCGGGAGAGUUCCGACCUGUCAUCAAUCUAAGAGAGCUGAACAAAUUCAUCAAAUAUAGACAUUUCAAGAUGGAGGGCAUCCAUCUACUACGAGACCUCCUCUGCGAGGGAGAUUGGUUCUCCCGCUUUGACCUCAAAGAUGCGUACCUCACAGUACCAAUCACGCCAGAACACCGCACCUUCCUCCAAUUUCAUUGGCGCAAAACACUAUGGCAGUUCACCUGUUUCCCCUUCGGACUGUCCUCCGCACCUUGGUGUUUCACCAAACUAAUGAAACCGGUGAUGGAACUACUCCGUUCACAAGGGAUUCGGUCCAUCAUAUACUUGGACGAUAUCCUCCCCAUGGCUCAAGACAAGGAGACUCUACGUCUCCAUACAGAUAUGACUUCGGCUCUCCUCCAGAAUUUGGGUUUUGGCAUCAACCUGCAAAAGUCAUCUCUAACUCCGUCCCAGACAAUACAGUUUCUGGGAUUUCAGAUAGAUUCGAUUCAGGCAGUUCUACAACUCCCUGCUACGAAAAUCAAAACCAUUAAAAAGGACAUCCGGAGAUUGCUAGCUUCACCAUAUCUCCAAUUCAAGGAUUUAGCCCGCACAAUCGGAUUACUCUCCGCCUCAAUCCAAGCAAUAUUUCCAGCCCCACUACACUAUUGGGCAAUGCAACAUUUGAAAACACACUACUUACAUCAUUCAACAUCUUACGACCAACAGAUUUUCCUCACAGACGAAGUCUAAUUGGAACUCCACUGGUGGCUUCAACAUUUGGAAUCCUGGAAUGGAAGGGCUAUCUUCGGCCGACAACCCAAUUUCAUUCUGGAAUCAGACGCCAGCCUCCUCGGAUGGGGUGCCACCUGCUCGGAACGUUCUACCGGAAGCCUCUGGUCCCCAUCAGAACAGGCUCUUCACAUCAAUUGCCUCAAAUUAAUUGUUGGUUCUUUCGCAAUCCGUAGUUUUGCCAAGGAAGCCUACAACUGCAGUCUUGUCCUGAGGAUGGACAAUGUCUCAGCAGUACGAUACGUGAACCGCCUAGGUGGCUCCCUAUCAAAAAUGCUAUCAGAUCUGACAAAGGAAUUAUACCAAUUCUGCCUGGACAGGAAUAUCUCCCUUCGUGCGGAAUAUCUCCCGGGCUCCGACAAUCUCGUCGCAGAUUUUUUCUCCUGCCACUGGAGGGAUUCCAGCGACUGGCAACAGGACCCACAAAUUUUUCACCAUCUACAGGUCCUGAGAGGGCCAUUCAACCUGGACCUGUUUGCAUCUCGCCUGAACUGUCAGACGGACACAUUCUUCAGCUGGCUCCCAGACCCAGCGUGUCUGGCAGUGGAUGCCUUCCUUCAACCGUGGCCAACAUCCGGAGCAUAUGCCUUUCCCCCUUUUCCAUGAUCCCACGCACGGUACAAUACCUCAGAACACAGGGCGUCACCAUAACUCUGGUAACCCCACUGUGGCGAACCCAACCAUGGUUCCCUUAUCUCCUGGAGAUGUCAGUGGACUAUCCCCUACUCCUACCCACCUCCUACAACCUCCUCAGGGACCCUUCAGGCAACUUCCAUCCACUAGCACUACAAGGCCACCUUCGGUUAGUGGCUUGGACCAUUUCAGCUUGGACCAUUUCCUGGAACGUCUCUGGCCUUUCGGCUGCUGCUCGAGGAUUACUAUUGGACUCUUGGGCCCCAGGAACAAGACGCUCUUAUCUCUCAGCGUGGCAACAUUGGAAUAGCUGGUGCUUGGAGAGGGACGUCGAUCCCUUUUCAGCCUCUUUGAUUAACAUUAUGAACUUCCUGGCAUCACUCUUUGAACAGGGUAAGUCCUAUCGGUCAAUUAACGUUUUCCGUUCAGCCAUUUAGGCAGCCCAUAGCCCUGUUGACAACUCCGCGGUUGGUAAACACCCCUCCAUAUGUAGACUUUUGUGAGGCAUCUGCCUCGCGAGACCCCCGGCUCCCAAAUAUAAUCAAUUUUGGGAUGUUACUAUGGUAUUAUCCUUUUUGGAGACUUGGCCCCCUAAUGGAGAACUCUCUCUUCGGCAACUGUCGGCCAAACUGGCACUACUGUUCUGUUUGGUAUCGUUUAGAAGAGUUUCGGAUAUCAGAGCAUUUGACGUCCAUGCCGUGGACUUUACCCCUGAGGGAGUACAUUUCUCCAUUACCCGACGCACCAAAACCAAUUCAUCUACAGUAAGCUACCCUUACUUUCACGACAAGCCCAUGCUCUGCGUAGCUAGUUGCGUCCGACACUACAUCCUUCGCACUAAGGACUUUAGACCAUAAACGGAAAUUUGUUCUGGUGAGUAUAAGUAGAGAUCAGUAGAAAAUAAAGAUGCUUUCGGUAACUAAUGCAAUACCUUGCCAUUUGAUAAUUAGUAUAUUGAAUAUUUAAUUAGUUUUUUAUGUUAUCACAAGUACACGCCAAUUGCCACUGUCUCAUUUUUAUUCAGUAUAUUUUAAAUUUUAAUCAAUAAAAGUUACAUUUUAAUUUUGUUUAACUGACUCACCUGUUGCAGAUAAUCUUGAAUCUUGGGUUGAAGAGACCCUUUGCUUUGGGAGGUUAACAAAGAAAUCAUCUGAAUCACUUAGCCAUUAUCUUUAAAUUAGAAUUCAAAGUGAAUACAAAUAAUUCUAUAUUUAAGAUGACAAUAGCCACAAUGGAAAAAAAUAUCUGUUAGCUAUGCUUUCAAGUUUGCUACUCUGGCCUCAACUUUUUAAUUUUGGGGACGCUGGUUUUGUUUUGUAUGGUAUAGACUUAAGAUGUCUGUGUACCUACUUUAUCCCAUUUUAUUCCCUGUCAGUUUUUUGUUUCUUACUAAGUUUGUCAGUACAUGAUACUGAUCUCAUUAUUAGAGGGUGAGCCCCUCUCAUAAAAUGUUCUCCUUGUGUCAAUGCUUGCCACUCCACAGGCACUCUUCCACUGCCACAUGCUCUCCGCAAGGAUAUGUCCCGCCUGUCAGGCUUCUGCGUUCGCACGUUUUAAACGUGCGUUUGCCUAUUCUCUCCUUUUCAAUCUACCAAACGUGCAUAUCUGUGUGCUCAGCGGUUUGUAUUUUCUAUCAGGUUCGUGAGUUUGCAUACGCCUGUUUUUCAUCCUUUAAUCUACUGAACUCGUAUUCAAACAAAUGCACGUUCAGUGGUUUGUAUUCCUUCCUGGUUGACCCUUUGGACCGUUCUGCUCCCGAACGCACAUCCUCAGUGUUCAGUAGUUUCCCUUUGGGCUGUUCGUUUUGCAAACUUUACUCGUUAGCGAGUUUUCUGUGUUAGUUUUUUCCUGUAUUACUGCUCUAUCUCUGCUCACUUUACUUCAAGCGACCGUUCAUAAGAUUUCCCGCCAACACAUUUCGCUGGGUUUUUUUUUACGCUGCCACUUUGGAUUACGUCUUGUGAGAUCCGCGGUGGCCAUUUAACCCUUGCCAGUAUUUGGUCGUCAUUCAUGAAACUCAAAUCGGACAUUGAAACUCCCAAACACCGCUGGACUUCCAUCAUUGCCUGCGUUCAGAUUCUACACCACCUAGAAGGGCACUGUUCGAUGGAAUCGUUCAUCUGAAUGAGGGGAACAAGCUCCACGGUAUGACUAUCUACGUUCGGUAGUUUGUUUUUAAACUACCGAACUUGGCCAACCGUUAGCACUGAUGUCAUGGAGCUGUUUUGGGCAUAGGACCAUGUGACCGGUCAGUCAAAUUAUGACUUCCAUAGAAAUCCCGAACCCCUGAACCGAUCUGGGUGAUUUUUGGAUAUGUUUGUCACCCAGAUCAAGGCUAUCAGGGGAUGUUACUUUUGUGGGGGUUUCAUGUGUUUUGGGGGUACUUUUGGGGUGUCUGAAAAAUAUUUUUUUGUGCCUGGAGAAUAUUGAGUUAGUACAGUUCCUGACUCCAUUAUCUCUCAGGCACAGAGGAGGAGUUUGUUUAAUGUAAGCACAGUCACAGAAUUUAUACAAGUUACAGACUACUUCCCAGCAUUAAGCAUUGGCUCAUGUGUGGGAGGAAUUGCUAUACUUCUCUUUGGAUUAAUAUACCUGCUAUACUCUCUUGGACAGGUCUUCCCACUGGGAGCUAAAUCUAGCUGUUGGUCCAGGAUGAGAAGGAAUGGCGAGACCCCAGCCAAGCUGUGAAUACUAAGGGGUGCUAUAUGUCUAUGCUGCUAUGGAGUAGUAAAGGAGUAUUAUGCAAAAUACUCGCCUCCUGUCAUUAUUAAAAUUAUUACUGUACACUAAAGCUAGCAUAAUCUUAAAUUAUUUUUGAAUUCUCACUUUAGUGUGUUAUGGGCAAAUGCUUUAAGAUGUUAUAGUGGUAAAUAAGAGAACCAGCUGUGGUUACAAGUAAAUAACUCUGUAAGUGUUCUAAAGCCUUGCACAUGUAAUAUAAUUGUAUCACAUGUAAUAAUUAUUUUUAUAUAACAUACAUAGUGAUAUAGCACAUAAACUUCCAUUCUUAUUUUCCAGGAUGGCCCUUAUCCCUGGCUACUAUUUUUUUUUUCUUGACAGUGGCUGUUUUCACUGUUUUGCCUAAGAUGGGCCACUCAUAGGGGAAAUACUUCUUGAUUAAAGGGACACUAUAGUCACCAGAACAACUACAGCUUAUUGUAUUUGUUCUGGUGAGUAUAAGUAGUCCCUUCCAAUUUUUUGCAGUAAACACUGUUAUUUCAGAGAAAAUGCAGUGUUUACAUUACUGCCUAUGGAUACCUCCACUGGCCACUCCUCAGAUGGCUACUAGAAGUGCUUCAUGGGGCAGUGCUGUACAGUGUACAGCACUGCCAUUCAGUGUCUCCCCCCUCAGGAUGGAGACUCUGAACUUUUCUUAUAAAGAUGCACUGAUUCAAUUCAUCUCUAUGAGGAGAUGCUGAUUGGCCAGGGCUGUCUUUGGCUUGUGCUGGCUCUGCCCCUUAUCCGCCUCAUUGACAAGCUCAGCCAAUCCAAUGCUUUCUUAUAGGAAAACAUUGUAAAAGGCUGAGAUCGCCACUUCUGAUGUCAGCCAAACAAGCAGAUCAGGGGCAGAGCCAGCAGCAGCAGAUUGGAGUAAAGGUAAACUUUUGCUAUAUUUAGGAAUGUAUGUUUCUGUUCCUGACCCUGUAGUGUUCCUUUAACAAUAGGAUUUUUAAAUCCACUCAAAAAAACAAAAAAAAACACCCAUAUCUAGCUUUUUUCCCCCCCGCUAGAUGUUAUGUCUUGUCAGAGGACUUGUGGAAAUAUCAAGCCUCUCCUGUUCAUCUGCGGAUGAUAUGAACUCUGUAUUCAAAAAUAUCAAAACAUUUAAAAAAUAUCUAUUAAUCUAAGUUCAUUUUUGGCAGGGGACUUUGAAGACUGUUGCAUUUCCUAUGCCAAGUCAAGAAACUAUAAAACUCUGUAUAAAUACGUGCGAUAUUACCAGUCACAAGAAAUCAAUGAAAGCUGUAACAGGAGAGCCAUUGUGUGAGUAUCAUUGUCUUUUAUAACUACCUUAAUUCACCUUUUAAAAACAAGUAUUUUAUGUUUGAUAUUUCGGGUUUUGGUGGAAAUAAUAAAAUAAUGUGGGUUAUUUACUAAACAGCAAGGUCUGAUGACAAAAGUUAAAAAGCUCUGCUGUAACUAGAUCACGCAUUAAAUAGCUUUGGUUGGUAGUGUACCUAGAUAUAUUUUUUAAAAGCUAUGGAUGCUUCUUUGCCAGAGAAAGAUUUAAUGGGCUAUAUUUAAGAAUUUAAGAAAACACUGUCUUUUUUUUGGGUCAGAUUAACCAUUUCUUUCCUGCCCUACCCACUUCCAUAAAAAAGGUUUAAAAAAAAAAGAAAAUAACGUAAACCCACCUUCCUUUUCAGUGCAAAGUCCAAGCUUUCCCCCAGCCCACUCCUGACAGCACCAAAUUUGCACAGAAUUCACAAUAGCCAAGUCGGAACUCUUGUUCUGGGCUGGCUAAAGACACCCUAAUGAUGCUGUCACAAUUGGAAUUACACCUCCGGCAGGAAAGUGGUUAUAAUAUAGAGGGGCAAGGGUUUAAAAAUAAUAUCAGGAAGUAUUACUUUACUGAGAGGGUAGUGGAUGCAUGGAAUAGCCUUCCACCUGAAGUGGUAGAGGUUAACACAGUGAAGGAGUUUAAGCAUGCGUGGGAUAGACAUAAGGCUAUCCUAACUAUAAGAUAAGGCCAGGGACUAAUGAAAGUAUUUAGAGAAUUGGGAAGACUAGAUGGGCCGAAUGGUUCUUAUCUGCCGUCACACUCUAUAUUUCUUAUAUGUGCGUCAAGCUUUUCACAGUGAAACCCUGCACAUAAAGACUCCAGGCGCCAAGACCACUUCAAAUCACUGAAGUGUUUGUGGUGCUUGGAUUACCCGAUAAGAAUUGUUAAAUUUAAAAAAAAUGUUACUUUGGAGGCAAUGACAAGGCACUGAAUUUUGCUUGUGAUCAUAAAAUAGAAAAACAGAAUCACAUUAUUAAAUAUGAACGAGUUAACGUAGAGCAAAGGCUGUCUUUGCACUGGGGAUAAAACCAACUUCCUGCAAUCGAAAACUAACUUUAGUAAAUUGCUGCAGAAUAUGUUGGCGCUAUAAAAAUACCAAUAAUAAUAACAGUAUGUCAUAUCUUGACCUACUGCCCCAUAUACUACUCAGACUUAUCCAUCUAUUCUUCGGACACAGCCGGGGAUGAGCUAAAGUGGGUGCAUGCGGCUCAAUGCAGUACUUUUAGAUGCCUUUCCUUUCAAUGCAUGUUUAAUGAGAAUCUGCAUGAGUUGCAGUUGAGUAGUCACCCAACAAAUUAGCUUGUUAACAGAAUGCAUUCCCUAUUCCAGAGAAUUAUGGUUGUUAGUAACCAUGGUAAGUGGAAUAAUUAUACCAACUUUCGAGGGUAAAAAAUGUCUAAGUACUAAAUGUACGUUACCUUGGUGGAACCAAAUAUCUGUUAUUAAUCAAUGUUUUUGAACUUGUUGAGCAAGAUGAAUAUGGCAACACUGCAUUUCUUUCUAUACAGGUUUCAUUUUAAAAAACAUAAGGUCCUUUGUGGAAAUCCACAUGAGCAAUGGGUGCGUGAUUUAAUGAAGCAAGUUGACAAGCUGCAGUACGCAAAACUGGCACAUAAAGUUCAUAAAGAACCUGCUGAAAUAAGGUAACAAACAAAGUGAAAGGAUGCAGUGAGGAGCUGGUUUCUGAAUGCAGCUAAAUGUUAUGGCUGAAUAAAUUAUCAUUUUUUUUUUUUUUAUCCGCUAAGAUCAGCCUAAAUGAUUCUCAACAUUGCAUAUACCAAAACUGAAAAAUAUACAAUGCUGUGUAUAUCAUGAGAAGCCUGCUGUCUAUUUGGCUAGCUGUAAAUGCUCGUCUGAAAUACAGAAUAUCUGUCUAAAUAAGAUGUUCGAUAAAAGUAACAAAAAUAAUCACAAAGCACUGGAAACCUAAAACCUGAAAACAUGAAGUGUAGAAAUAAAGAACAUAGAAAUUACUCUGUAAUUAAAGGACCAUUAUAGGCACCCAGACCACUUCAGCUUAAUGAAGUGGUCUGGGUGCCUGGUCCAGCUAGGAUUAACCCUUUUUUUUAUAAACAUAGCAAUUUCAGAGAAACUGCUAUGUUUAUAAUAGGGUUAAUCCAGCCUCUAGAGCCUCUAGUGACUGUCUCAUUGACAGCCGCUAGAGGCGCUUGCGUGCUUCUCACUGUGAAAAUCACAGUGAGAAGACGCUGCGUCCAUAGGAGCGCAUUCAGCCGAUGACGUUGCUAGGAAGGAGGAGAGGAGGAGGAGAGCUACCCGCCCAGCGCUGGAGAAAGGUAAGAUUUUAAUCCCUUCCUCUCCCCAGAGCCCGGCUGGAGUGGGACCCUGAGGGUGGGGGCACCCUCAGGGCACUAUAGUGCCAGGAAAACGUGUAUGUUUUCCUGGCACUAUAGUGGUCCUUUAAUUGAUUCCAAAAUGAUUACGGUCAGAUCUGCUGUCUGCACAUAGGCACAAAGCAGUAUUUCCAUGAGUUAUUGGCCACUGUGUAAAGAUAAUUACAGUCAUCUGAGAAGAAUGCAAAUCAUUUUAAAUUAUAAGUUAUAAGCUAACUCAAGUCAGGUUAUAUGUGAGAUUAUUCAUUUAGAGCUGAUAUUGGUACGUAGAUAUCGCAUAUGUUUUGCCCCUUCAUUUACCUGAAUUAUUUUUCCUGAAUUUGACACACUUAAUACAUUCAGGUAACUGCACUCAUCAGUGCCAAAGUUCUCUGUACAAAAUAGUGCAAUCCUAGGAACUAAAAUACUGUGCAGACCCUUCAGACUCCCAGGCCUCUAGUAGAGGUCCCAAUAUUAAGGAAUCCAAAAAAUACCCCGCAGAGAGGUGUAAAAUCAAUGCAACAUGCAAGUACAUAUGCACAGUUGCAUCUGACAGCCCUAGGUAUUAAACUGUAAAUGUAGUUGUCAGCAGCAGCAACUCCAUUAAUCCUGAUAAAUAGAAUUGUUGCCAAGUAUUCACAGUCAGGGAGCUAGAAACAUUUAUAAGUCUUUCUGUCGGGUAAAGAUGUGAGAUUACUCCAAGAUAUAGAGUAACAAUGGAAUACAGGGAGAGAAACAAGGAAUUAUGGUGUAAACGUUAUCACUAAUGCAAGUUUUAAUUUAAAUGCACAUAGAAUUAUUUACCAUAGUGAAAAUUAAAAUUACAUUUCAAAUUUAAGGUUAAAACAGCCAAACUGGAAACAUUCUCUAAGUCAGCUGUACUUUCAUUUCAGAUAUUCAUAGGGAAGUGUAUUUAAUUUGUUUCCUACAGAGAUAACAUUUUAAAAAAAGGUUCUAGUCUAAAGAGCAGGAAUGAGAGAACACAAUCACGUAAUAUAGCCACUAGAUGUCAGUGUGCUACUAUGAUGGCAUAGAUAGUGGAAAGAUGAGAACUUAUAACCCCGUUUUAAUAUAUGUAUAAAAAAGAAAAAACAAUGGGGAUAGAGCAGAUCCUGGAAAAUAUAAGAUGAUAAAAAUGGACAGCAUAUUUAUUUAUAUGUAACUUUAAACCAAAAUGACUAGCAUGUAAUUAACCACCAGUCAUGAAGAUACUUCCUGUGCCCAACGCGUUUCGUCACAAGUGACUUCCUUUAGGGGUCUGUCUCCAAUAUUCAUACUGAAGUAAAGUGUUCAAGUUGGAAAUGUGAUGCAGUCAAUUUGUUUUUAGUUACAUAUAAAUAAAUGCACUGUUUCAUUUUUAUCAUAUUGGCGUUCUGCACUAUUUUGCUCUAUUCUUUAUUAUAUAGAGGCUUCCACUUUCAAAUCUGGAAUUCGGUGCAUUGAGGCUGUGGGGAAUUACUACAUAUCUGAGCCACGGCUCCCAUUAACUUUAUGUUUGUGAGUGCAAUAUUUUCCGUGCACAUUUGGUGGUGUUAGGGGGUACCACGCCAUUAUUUGUAUCUUAUAUUUCCCAGGAUCCACUGUACCCCUGCUGUUUCUUCUAUAUAGCGUGUUAUUCUUAGGACAUUGGGGAAAUUCCUUGGCAAAGCAGUCCAUUAGAUAGGUAUUUUUGGCUUGUACCACAGUGUGGGUCACAAAUUUGUAUACAUUUUUUAUACAAUUUGCACAAUUAAGCCCUCUUUUAAUGUCAUAAAUAAAUCCUAAUUCUAUCAUUUAAAGAUGAAUUUCUAAUUGUAAACUAUUUUCAUUAGAACAUUAUUCAGUUGGGAGGGUAGUUUAGAGUUCUGAAAUGACUGAUAAUUGUAGCGAGUGCUGGCUGAUGUUAAGGUACAUGUUCCCUAAACUCUCGCUGGGCAGAAUUUACGCUCGGCUAAAUUAAAAAUAAAGGGUAGAUAUCUUAAUCUGGGCAUAGCUCACUACAGAAGUGCUCAAGAAUGGGGUAUUUACAGCAAAUGCACUUACUUCAAACUCUUGUUUUUCAUUUUUAUUUUUAAUUGUUAAUGAAUUAUCUAUUUUAUAUUUUAACAAAUUGGCUUCAAACCAAACCUUGAGUUCCCCUUUAAAUAUCAAAAGUGAAUAUCUAUCUGAUACAGUUUGAGUAGGAGAUAAUCCUUCAUAUAUAUUUCUAAAAGUUUAUAAUGCAGGUUUAUAAAAUAUAAAAAUUCAAAUAACGUAAACUAAAGUGUAUAUGUUGGAGUGGGGUUUGUGGGGUUGUUUCGCCAUUAUCAUGUGAUUAUUCUCCUGCUAUCUCUGGUUUAUAUAUCAUGUUUAACUUGGAUUUCUUUAACAGUAAUAUAGAUUUAAAUUAUCAUAACGAAAUAAUGAAGUUUAUCUUUCUUUUUUAAUACAGACAUGCCAAUGGUUCCAUUAUGAAGAAUCAUUUACAUUGAAUAAGAAAAAAGAAUUCCUUAAAGGGACACUCUGUGCACCAACACAGUUGGUCUAUAUGGUUUUUAGCUUUUUGCUUAAACAGCUUUAUUUUCUUGUAUGCCCAGCUUAAUAAAUCCUUACUGCUAGUUACUCUAACUAUGCAGGACCUUUACUCCUAACCCUUAGCUUUCAAUAACACAAUUGUAUAUAUUACAAGAAGAUAAUCCUCAGCGAACAGACAUUUUGUCGCAUGGUGGUUUUAUUGCGCCACGAAACGUAACAAGGCAAUGUUUCAACUGUAGAAGUGUCUUUGUCAUAUGUCGAAAUGCUGCCUUGUCAAGUUUGAGCGCACAAUAAAACCACCAUAAAACAAAAUGUGUGUGCUAAGGAUUAUCUUGUUGAUCAAAAGUGAAGGAGUUUAGUGGAACAGGAACCCUAGCCUUCAGCAAAAGCACCAAUAUUUGGAGGAAACAUUGGGAGUGCUGCCCACCAUUUUCUUAAUACAAUUGUAUAUGUCAUCGGAAAGCACAGCAAAGCACUCAUGGAUUUGUAGUUUUACACUUCAUGAUUAGAAAGCUGAUGAUUAAACUACACAUCUCAGAAACCUCUGCUUUCAACAGUUGAUAGAGAGCUAAUCAACCCCUGCCUCUACACUUUAACACUUGCAAUGCUAGAUUAAACAUGUCCAAAAGUUAAGACUCCAUAGACCAAAAUCGAAGCUCUCUGUAAGAUCACGCGGUUGGGGGCCAGCAUGAUAAUCCCCUUCAGUCCUUCGAGUGGGGCUGCCCCUUUUCUGGACAGACAGGACCCUUUUCAGACAUUGCCAGUGGCAUAAAUCUCAAUACUGGCCCACCCAUCUCAGUCUCAUACCUCCCAAUGUUGGGAAAUAUAUGACAAAUCUAUUAGAACAAUAACACAUAUCAAAAUGAAGAUGUACACAAUAAGAGACUGUAAAAGGAUUUAGCGGCUUUUAUUUAAAUGAUCUGAGAGGCAUUGCACAUAACCACUCGUCAAUAAACCAUAACCAAAAGAUGACCUUGACUUAGACAUAAAUAAUUGGGAGGAUUCUCGUCCUGGUAACAUUAGGGAAGAGGUCUAAAUUGGGAAAAUACUGCUCUGUAUAAGUUUCUAGUAUGCUGCGCACUCUAAUAUUAAAGCUAGCCAAUCAUAUUGUUGUGUUUUUGCACCACUGGUGCCGUGAAAAUCCAGUGAGAACUGCUGUGUACAUGCUUGCACCUAAUGUACAAGUCGUACAUUGACCUAAACUUGACUCCCUGACUUAAUGGAUCUCUUCCAACCUGGAUUUCCCCUCUAAAAUUAAUUUGAUGUCUAGUGCAAUUUUUUUCUUAGUUAUUUGGUUUUUUUUGGGGGGGGGGGGUUUAAUAAAAUGAUAUUCUCUUCAAUAGAACAGAAAAUGUAAACAGAAAAAUUAAAAGUGAACAGAAAUUAUUGAAUUUACUCUGUGUUGUAAAUGUUAGUUGAGGCUUUAAUGCAACUACAAUAUCCACAAUACACUUUGUUGGCGAGGAAAAAGUCAUACUUUGUACGUUUGAAUGUAUAUACAACCCUUGUUUAAAUAAGAAAAUAAAAUUAGCUUUUUAUGAUCUCGGACACAUACUAAAGAUUACAAUACUGUAUUUUGCAUGCUACUUAGAAGUUCAAGAUUUUGUCAUAAAUUCAAGUGUAAGAGGCACACUUUUGAACAACAAAAGUAGUCUCGCCACGAUAAUUUCAAAUAUUUAAAGGGACACUAUAAUCACCAGGCUUUUUUGCUGUAAACACUGUCUUUUCAGAGAAAAUGCAGUAUGUACAUUACAGCCUAGUGAUAACUUCACUGGCCACUCAUUAGAUGUCUGUUAGAGAGCCUUCCUGGGUCAUGGCUGCCUAAAAUGCAUCCAAACAUUCUGUAUCUCCUCCCUAUGCAUGCAGACUCUGAACUUUCCUCAUAGAAAUUCAUUGAUUCUAUUCAUCUCUAUGAGGAGAUGCUGAUUGGCCAGGGCUGUGUUUGAAUCAUGCUGGCUCUGCCCCUGAUCUGCCUCUUUGUCAGUCUCAGUCAAUCCUAUGGCACUGUGAUUGGAUCAGCCUACCACUUCUGAUGAUGUCAGCAGGCAGUGGGCAGGUGUAAAGGAAACAGGCACACGGCUAGCAGCUCCAGACUUGAAUACUGUAAGAUUUUGCUAUAUUUAUGGAGGCAUGAGGGUCUCAGGGUGGCUAGAUGGUGGUUUUAACCCUGUAGGUUCAGGAAUACAUGUUUGUGUAAUCCUUUAAAUUGAUUCAAAACAUGAAAUGCAAGUUUUCGGCCAAAAUAGCUGAACUGGACAAUUUAACCAAGUCAUCUUUCUUUCCUGAUUAGCUAUUUGAACAAUAUCUCACAUUUAACUGAGGAAUUCCUGACAGUUUGCAGCCUUGAGAGACAUCAAAGACUAGAGAGAUAACCAAGGAAAACAAUUAAAGUAAAGUUUCACCACCUGUCUUUCUAUUAAACAUUAACUUGCUUUCUCAAGUUAAAGGGACACUCUAACCGCCAUAAUCACUACAUCAGUAUUCUCUUUUGCAGCACUCUCUUGUUUUAAACAUAUGACAUUUCCAGCAUAUAUUCCAAAAGCUAAACCCCCUCCUUCCAGAUUCGCGAAGAGCCAAAUUUCCUUAUUUGGCCAUCCAGAUAUUAUGUGUGGUAUACUAUGUCCAUAUGUUACAUGUUCACACAAGAGCUAGAACCCCCUAGAGCAGGGAUAGACAACCUUCAGCACUCCAGAUGUUGUGGACUACAUCUCCCAU